UUGGCACCAAGAGACACCAAGAUGAUGCCAGGCAAGCAGCCCCAGGAAGGCUGGACAGGUCUGCUACUACUGAAAAGGCCCUCUUCCAGCCCACUGCUUCCGCAUGUCUAAUGUUGACAGGCAGUUUCGUGAAGCUCGAUCACCGUAUCUUCAGGAAUUCCAACCUUACAUGUGUGACACUGUUACAUCACAGACACUGUAAAAUUCUACUGGUCUGUCAUGUACCCUCUAUAUCCCACUGUUCUCUCUGGAUGCUAUAAAUACUGGGGUGGUGGGGGGAAAGAAAAAUUGGCAAAACCGAAAGGUUACAUUAGGAUGCCGCUACUUUGAUUUGUGUACGUGCUGAGUUCACUUGGUAGCUGGCAUUCUGGUGCCUCGUUGACGUUUGCCAUUCUUGGGAUGAGCUCUUGAGCGUAGUGGGAAUGCCACAGAAAAAGAAGCUAUCACUCAUUGAGCAAAACAAGCAAAGAGCUGCUGAGUACAAGUUGGAGACAGGCGACUAUCAAGACAGAACUGGCGCCCCGAGAACCGUUGCUUGCCCUACUCCAUGCAACCUGAGUCUCUCUGGGGCUCCCAGUGUGGAAACUGGUGAUUCGUUGGAAAUCUCAUGGAAGACUUUUCUCUCUGUGUUAAGGUCAAUGGAGGAAUGUUCGGAAAACAAGAUGAAUGCCUUAGUUCCUCAGCUCAUAACAUCUCAGCCAGUUCUGUCGAGGUAGGGAAAUUCAUUCAUUGCUUCUAGGUUACUGGCUAGGGCAGGGAAACGAUGGCAUACUUUCUCCUGCACCAUCCAUUUUGUACGGCUUUCACAAACUUUCAUUCCAGAACAGGAAUUUUAAAAUGGGCAAAACUCUAUAGAUUCAUUCGUUAACAUCCUAUUAUGAGCAAUGGUAACACAAACACAGUACAGUGGUGCCUCAGGUUAAGUACUUAAUUCGUUCCGGAGGUCUGUACUUAACCUGAAACUGUUCUUAACCUGAAGCACCACUUUAGCUAAUGGAGCCUCCUGCUGCCACCACGCCGCCGGAGCCCGAUUUCUGUUCUCAUCCUGAAGCAAAGUUCUUAACCUCAAGCACUAUUUCUGGGUUUGCUGAGUCUGUAACCUGAAGUGUAUGUAACCUGAGGUACCACUGUAAUAGACUCCCCCCAACAUGUUAGUAGAACUGAGAAUAUUUCAAACUGGCCAGGGUAAGGCAGAGGCAUGCAAAAUCACUUCAGGGGGGCUUCCCAGACUGGUACGGCUGAGACCAGAAGUCCUUCACAAUCACAAUCGUCUUUUCCCUGCUGAGUUACCUUUCAUCAGCAGUUUAACUCAUUCCUCCCAUGUGAUUCCUGUGACAAUUGGCGCCAGGCUUAAGAGCAGCAUGGGUGGCAAUUCUCAGAAGGCUUAUGAGAGGGAAAGUAUAAAGCUUUCCGCUCCCAGUGAUGUCCCUUGUGCUGCUCAGCUGACUGGGGAACAGCUGAAAGGGCUGAAAACGAAACUGGACUUCAAGGAGGGGGCCAGAAUGAAUCUUUUUCCUUGGACCCCACUCCCUCUUUCUGAUCUUUUGUGCAAUGUAAGGUUAGGCAGUGGGCCAGAAGCAACCUAGGUGUUGCAGAGUGCACACUUCUGAAGUAGAGAUAGAGGUGGCGGAAUCGCAUUAUUUCUUGGAGAACGUACAAAAUGCAGCUAUGUCCAUUCUCCAAGGCCUAUAUUGGCUGAGGAUGUCCGCAAUCCCUUCUUUGUGGAAUAGAUUAUGUGCACAUUCUCCACAAGACUCGCUAAAUGCGCACCACGGCCAGUUGUUACGAAAAGUACCCCUAACAUAUACUAAAGAAGCGUGCAUGCACACGAAAGCUCAUACCAAUAACAAACUUAGCUGGUUUCUAAGGUGCUACUGGAGGGAAUUUUUUAAUUUUGUUUUGACUAUGGCAGACCAACACGGCUACCUACCUGUAAACAUAUACUUACAGAGUUGCACUGGGGGUUGCUUCACACACCAUGCAAGGGAAAUCAAGAUUAGCCACUGAGUGCAGAACUCCAUAAAAUGUAAAGGGACCCCUGACUGUUAGUUCCAGUUGUGGACGACUCUGGGGUUGCAGCACUUAUCUCGCUUUAUUGUCCGAGGGAGCCAGCAUACAGCUUCCGGGUCAUGUGGCCAGCAUGAUUAAGCUGCUUCUGGUGAACCAGAGCAGUGCACGGAAACGCCGUUUACCUUCCCACUGGAGUGGUACCUAUUUAUCUACUUGCACGUUGAUGUGCUUUUGAACUGCUAGGUUGGCAGGAGCAGGGGCCAAGCAACGGGAGCUCACCCCGUCGCGGGGAUUCGAACCGCCGACCUUCUGAUCAUGAUAGUCCUAGGCUCUGUGGUUUAGACUAUUGCACCACCUGCAUCCCACGCAGAACUCAAUGCUUGGUGCCAAAUAAGGGAUUCUCAGGUUGCAGUUGCACCCUGGCACAUUUGUGGCCAACAUGCAAAUGUGGCAUGGAAGUGCAGGGAGUCUGCGAGUUCUGUUGGGGAGAAAUGACAGUGAGUUGCUUAAAAAUCCUAUUUCUGUUCCUUUUCCCUUGCAGUCCUUUGAGUGAUUGUAGAAGAAAAGCAGCAGCUGGAGGAAUGUUGAAAGCCACCAUUUUGCCCUUGCAAAUCCCCUCUCCCUACUGCUUUGCACAUUAGCAGCAAGCAGAGGGUUGGAUUAUUGCCACUGAAAGCAUUGUACCACCCCCAGUCAGCUAGUACUGGGUCCCGGGAUUGUACAUGAACUGGCAAAGUUGUUUACAUUUUUACUUGUUACUUGCAUCAGGAUGGAGGUCUUGAAAUUUAGUUGCUCCUAACCUCCUCUUAGGGACGCGGGUGGCGCUGUGGGUUAAACCACAGAGCCCAGGACUUGCCGAUCAGAAGGUCAGUGGUUUGAAUCCCCCCGACGGAGUGAGCUCCCGUUGCUCGGUCCCAGCUCCUGCCAACCUAGCAGUUUGAAAGCAUGUCAAAGUGCAAGUAGAUAAAUAGGUACCGCUCCAGCGGGAAGGUAAACGGCGUUUCCAUGCACUGCUCUGGUUUCGCCAGAAGCGGCUUAGUCAUGCUGGCCACAUGACCCGGAAGCUGUACGCCGGCUCCCUCGGCCAAUAAAGCGAGAUGAGUGCCGCAACCCCAGAGUCAUCCAUGACUGGACCUAACGGUCAGGGGUCCCUUUACCUUUACCUUUUACCUCCUCUUGACUUCUGCUGACUUCCUAUUCCUGCUUCCUAUGGAAACAUUUACGUGGGUAAGGCCUGCAUUCCCAAGAACGAACGCUUAGGAUGAAAGGAAAGGACCACAGGUGCCUCGACAAUGGCAUGGCAGUGUUAAUCCCUCCUUGGUGCCCAUGGGUAUAUUAUUUAUCUCUGAGAUACCAAGAAGGAUGAGUCCCAACAGCAGCUGGAGGAAGGCGUUGUUCGCUUCCUGCUCUUGAGUCUCAACUGUGGCAGCAAGCAAGGAAAGAGUAGCACUGAGCUACUCAUAUUUGUAUGAGUAUUUUAAACAUAUUUGUGUGUUUUUUUAAAUAAUUUUUAUUAAGUUUUCAGUAAAAGAUUAAACAGAAAAAGAUAAAAAAGAAAUACACAAAUACAUAGUACAUAAUCCAAAGAAGAGAAAAAAACAACACAAAGAACAAAAAGCAAAAAAAGAAACAAAACAAUUAAAAACAAUAUCACCUUUUCAUUUCCGUGUUUAAAUUUACUUAUUUUCUGGACCUCCUCAUACCUCCCUCUUUUGUAUUCCAGUCCAAAUUGUUUGUCCAGCAAUUUCUUUUCCACUUUUUUAAUCCCAAUCUUUAAUCUUUAAUAUAAUAUAGCGUUAAAAUUUUACCUCUUAAAAUACCAAGUUUCCAUUUCCUUAAACUUCUUUAAUCCUAAUCUUUAAUCUUAAUCUAUCUAUAACUUUAAAUCCUGUACAGCUGGAAACCACUUAUUUUCAAUCCAACAUCACUCUAGCAUUCUUUAAUUUUACAGUGUUUCUGUAGAUAAUCUUUGAAUUUCUUCCAAUCUUCCUCCACCGACUCUUCUCCCUGGUCACGGAUUCUACCAGUCAUUUCCGCCAGUUCCAUAUAGUCCAUCAGUUUCAUCUGCCAUUCCUCCAGCGUGGGAAGUUCUUGUGUCUUCCAAUACUUUGCGAUAAGUAUUCUUGCUGCUGUUGUUGCAUACAUAAAGAAAGUUCUAUCCUUUUUAUCACCAUUUGGCCGACCAUGCCCAAGAGAAAGGCCUCUGGUUUCUUAGGAAGGUAUACCUUUGAAUACCUUUUUAAUUCAUUAUAUAUCAUUUCCCAGAAAGCCUUAAUCUUUGGGCACGUCCACCAAAGGUGAAAAAUGUACCUUCAGUUUCUUUACAUUUCCAGCAUUUGUUAUCGGGCAAAUGAUAGAUUUUUGCAAGCUUGACUGGGGUUAUGUACCACCUGUAUAUCAUUUUCAUAAUAUUCUCUCUUAAGGCAUUACAUGCCGUAAAUUUCAUACCUGUGGUCCACAACUGUUCCCAGUCAGCAAACAUAAUGUUAUGUCCAACGUCUUGUGCCCAUUUAAUCAUAGCCGAUUUUACCAUUUCAUCCUGAGUGUUCCAUUUCAGCAGCAAGUUAUACAUUCUUGACAAAUUCUUAGUUUUGGGUUCUAACAGUUCAGUUAGAACCCCUUUAAACAUAUUUGGAUCUGCAUUGGGGUGUUGUGGUUGUGAUGGAGGGUAGGGUUCACCUGAGAAGGAGAAUGUGAGCUUCCAAAAUAUGAGGGAAACUGAAUUAAAGUGUGUAGGAAGCUGAUUUAAAGGCGUACUGCCGUUGUUGAGGAAGGAACUAGGCCAUUUGAAUCAUAGAAAGGUUCGCAUUUUCCUGGUUUUCUUGGUGAGCUCUGAACUAUUGCUGGUCAUGCACUGAUAGCAAAGUUUGAUUUUUAAAUAUUAACAGUGAUAAUAGGAAGGACACUUCCAGUUGUGUUAUGUACGGAAGUUCUCACCCUGGGCCAGCAGGGGGAUACUGUAGAUAGUUUUCACUCAGGUCCACAUAUGCGAAUAAGGGAUCGAAAGUGACGUUCAGUGAUUGGAUAGUUACAGAAAAUGGUUACUGUUGCGUUCUAGUGGAGCUCUAUAUAGGCAGGCUGGCUGAACCCUUCGGUUCAGUUCUGUUCUGGCCUCUGAAUAAACAAGAGGUGUUUGAAAAAUCGCUGUGUCGUCUGAUAUGUUCACCCACAACUUAACAAGCUGCUUACUAAAAAGAACAAAGCGUCAGUGAAAAUGUGCAAGUUCAACUAAUCAUUUUCUCUCCCCCCCAUCCUUAUUUCCUGACAUACCCCAGAUUAUAUAACCUAUGUUCCUGCACAAUAUUCUUUCCUUUUAGUUAAACUUUUAUUGUCCUAGCUGGCUACAUGGCUACUGAUUCUUAUCUUAUUUUACUUUUAAUAUAUAUUAUCCUUUCUACAUUUAAAAAAAAAACUCUUCUAAGCAUGGUACAGUACAAAUUAUUUCCCCAAACUAUUUCAGUUUAUAUUUCUAAAUCUAGAAUAACGUUGUUCCUACAAUGUUUGCAUGAUUAAUUUUCUCCAUGUUUACUCUUUAGGAAGAAGAUUGUCACCAAGGCUGAAAAAAUAAGAAAAGGCAGAUCAAGUGCGCUCCCUGUUAUACUGAAGCCUGGAGAAAAAACAAAUGCCUACCAAAAGGUAAGCAAAACUAAUGUCGCAGCAGUUGUAUACCUUUUAUUUCCCCCAUUUAAAGGUAAAGGGACCCCUGACCAUUAGGUCCAGUCGUGACCAACUCUGGGGUUGCGGCGCUCAUCUCGCUUUAUUGGCCGAGGGAGCUGGUGUGCAGCUUCCAGGUCAUGUGGCCAGCACGACGAAGCCGCUUCUGGCGAACCAGAGCAGCGCACGGAAACGCCGUUUACCUUCCCGCCAGAGCGGUAACUAUUUAUCUACUUGCACUUUGACGUGCUUUCGAACUGCUAGGUGGGCAGGAGCAGGGACCGAGCAAUGGGAGCUCACCCCAUCGCGGGGAUUCAAACCACCGACCUUCUGAUCAGCAAGUCCUAGGCUCUGUGGUUUAACCCACAGCGCCACCCGUGUCCCGUUUCCCCAUUUAGCACAAUAUAUAUAACACAGGAUUAUGGAUCCUCAGCCUCAGCAAACUUUUUCAGCAGGGGACCGGUCCACUGUCCCUCAGACCUUGUGAGGGGCCGGACUAUAUUUUUGGGGGAAAUGAAUGAAUUCCUAUGCCCCACAAAUAACCCAGAGAUGCAUUUUAAAUAAAAGCACACAUUCUACUCAUGUAAAAACACGGUGAUUCCCGGACUGUCCGUAGGCUGGAUUUAGAAGGUGAUUGGGCUGCAUCCUGCCCACGGGCCUUAGGUUGCCUACCCCUUUUCCAAAAUUGCCUGUUCCUUUUUCAAAAUAUGUUUCUAGUCCAGCUGUCAACUUUCCCCUUUUUUGUGGGAAAUUCCCUUAUUUCAGUGCCGCUUCCCGCCACUUCCCGCUGCUAUCCUGGAUUGUUAGAUAUCCUUUAGACUGUCCCCGGGACAGGUGAGGCUGCUGAUCCCUUAUUUUCAAAUCCGAAAGUUGACAGCUAUGCCUCAUGAGCUGCAAGGUGCCUGGAAAUGUACUAAGGGGAAUUCCAGGUGACAGGGCAUCCCAAUACCCCGACUCACAGAAUAAAGAAUGCAUCUCAUUAGACUUACCAUCACAUGGCUACGAGGCAAGAUAUCCCUGCCUUUCCAAGACUGGUACAGUGGUACCUCGGGUUAAGAACUUAAUUCGUUCCGGAGGUCCGUUCUUAACCUGAAACUGUUCUUAAGCUGAGGUACCACUUUAGCUAAUGGGGCCUCCCACUGCUGCUGCGCAAUUUCUAUUCUCAUCCUGAAGCAAAGUUCUUAACCCGAAGUAAUAUUUCUGGGUUAGCGGAGUCUGUAACCUGAAGCGUAUGUAACCUGAGGUACCACUGUACUAUGGUAACGCAGCUCUUUCCUUAGGACCUAAAGUGUGCGGAAAGAGUUAAUCACCACUUCUCAGGUUCAGGCUAUAAGAAGAAAUGUCAAUUAAACAUUAGAAAUAACUUCCUAGCCAUGUGAGUGGUUUGACAGUAGAACAGGCUGCCUCAGAAAGACUCUCCUCCAUUGCAAGCUUUUAAACAGAGGCUGGAUGGCCACCUAUCAGUGGGUUUCUUACACUGGCGGGGAGCUAGACUAUAGGACCUUUGAGGUCCCUUCCAGUCGUAUGAUUCUACACGUUGCUCUCAGGCUGUUUGGAGCUAGAAUAGGGUCUACUUGUGCUAAUUAGCGAAAUAAAUUACGUUGCACCAGUGCUUUUGCCUGAUAAUCUGUUACUUUUCCACUGGAGAACAUUCACAUAUACAGGAAAUCUCUGGCUUGGUUAUACAUUCCUUCUCCCUGUUCUUUCUUACAGGAAAGGGAACGGAGUGCUGUUGUUCACAGCUCAAAGCAAGAUGGAGAAAAAAUUAGAAUUGGAUCAGGCCAGCCCGAUCCCUGCGGUAAGCAAAGCUUAGGUUGUAAGCUUCUUCUAUUUUGAAAUGAAAGUUGUCCUCUGUAGGAGCUUUCGUCAAACAGCUUAGGUAAACAUCAGGAAAAUCGCAAAGGUGCCUGUGAAUCUGCUCACUGCAUGCUUGACAGAACUCAACAAACAUAGCAUAUAGGAUUCAGCUGGAUCUCUGGGAAGUAGACCAAUGCAUGUGAAAGUGAGGCCAGAAUUUGCAUCCUGUUGAAGAGCUGGUUGGUGUACUCUUCAUAUGUCUAUGAGGCAUCUGUUAAGUUGUGGGUGAACAUCUCAGACGUCACAGCGAUUCUUCAAACAGCUCUUGUUUAUUCACAGGCCAGAACUGAACUGAACUGAAGGGUUCAGUCAGCCUGCUUAUACAGUGGUGCCCCGCAAGAUGAAUGCCUCGCAAGACGAAAAACUCGCUAGACGAAAGGGUUUUGCGUUUUUUGAGCUGCUUCGCAAGACUAAUUUCCCUAUGGGCUUGCUUCGCAAGACGAAAACGUCUUGCAAGUUUGUUUCCUUUUGCUUAACACCGUUAAUACAGUUGCGACUUGACUUUGAGGAGCAACUCAUAGAACGCGGUGUGGUAGCCUUUUUUGAGGUUUUUGAAGACUUUGGUGAUUUUUGAAGCUUUUCCAAAACUUUCCCGACACCGUGCUUCGCAACACGAAAAAUUCGCUAGACGAAAAAACUCGCGGAACGAAUUAAUUUCGUCUUGCGAGGCACCACUGUAUAGAGCUCCACUAGAAUGCAACAGUAACCAUUUUCUGUAACUAUCCAAUCACUGAACGUCACUUUCGAUCCCUUAUUUGCAUAUAUGGACCUGAACUAUCUACAGUAUCCCCCUGAAACUUGAAGUUUUAAGUAAAACUUACCAGAUGGACCUCACACCUGAGAUGACAAACUAUCUCAUAAGGAAAUAAUAAUAAUAAUAAUAAUAAUAAUAAUAAUAAUAAUGAUAAUAAUUUAUUUCUACCCCGCCCAUCUGGCUGGGUUUCCCUAGCCACUCUGGGCGGCUUCCAACAGAACAUUAAAAGCAGAAUAAAACUUCAAACACUAAAAACUUCCCUAAACAGGGCUGCCUUCAGAUGUCUUCUAAAUGGAAGAUAAAGUCAUUUCCCUUCCCAGGGAAAUGGAGUUGUGGGCUGGACACGAGCCCGCCCUGUGCUCGGGGGUGUGGCUAGCCCCCGCAUCAUAGGGAGUCCUCUCCGCAUCACGCCCCAGACCGACCAAUCCGGGCGGCCAGGGGGCGUGCUCUAUUUAGCAGCCCGUGGGUGGGAACUCGCCCCUUUUUUCCUGCUCGUGCAGUUUGGCUCGGGUGGCGGUUAGGCAUUGGAGUAUUAGAUUGGAGGUGAGGGGAGGUCAAGGCCAUCACCUACCCCUCCUAUUUCAAGGGUAUUCCGUUAUAGGAAUCCGGGGGCGCAAUCCUGUCUGAAGUCUAGGCGGGGGCUAGGGCCAUGACAUGACCCCUAGCAGUGACCCUGGGGGAGUUUCUAGUUGAUGUGCAUCAGAAGGGCUCCCCCUACUGGUGGUUAACUCUUCCAAGAGUCCUGCAGGCGGAAUUUUGGAACAAGACGGAGAUAGACUGAAAUUGCAGAGUUUUGAAAAACUAAAAAAUAAAGUGCGAGACUGGCUUCAUUAUUAUCAGAUAAUGGAGGCAUUUAAAUUGGACAGGAAAAUUGGCUUCCAGGUGGAAAGAUCAAAAUUAGAAACAGAACUGUUAGAACCCAAAACUAAGAAUUUGUCAAGAAUGUAUAACUUGCUGCUGAAAUGGAAUACUCAGGAUGAAACGGUAAAAUCGGCUAUGAUUAAAUGGGCACAGGACAUUGGACAUAACAUUAUGUUUGCUGACUGGGAACGGUUGUGGACCACAGGUAUGAAAUUUACGGCAUGUAAUGCCUUAAGAGAGAAUAUUAUAAAAAUGAUAUACAGGUGGUACAUAACCCCAGUCAAGCUUGCAAAAAUUUAUCACUUGCCCGAUAAUAAAUGCUGGAAAUGUAAAGAAACUGAAGGUACAUUUUUCACCUUUGGUGGACGUGCCCAAAGAUUAAGGUUUUCUGGGAAAUGAUAUAUAAUGAAUUAAAAAAGGUAUUUAAGUAUACCUUCCCUAAGAAACCAGAGGCCUUUCUCCUGGGCAUAGUCGGCCAAAUGGUGUUAAAAACGGAUAGAACUUUCUUUAUGUAUGCAACAACAGCAGCAAGAAUACUCAUCGCAAAGUAUUGGAAGACACAAGACCUACCCACACUGGAAGAAUGGCAGAUGAAACUGAUGGACUAUAUGGAACUGGCGGAAAUGACUGGUAGAAUCCGUGACCAGGGAGAAGAGUCGGUGGAGGAAGAUUGGAAGAAAUUCAAAGACUAUCUUCAGAAACAUUGUAAAAUCAAAGAAUGUUAGAGUGAUGUUGGACUGAAAAUAAGCGGUUUCCAGCUGUACAGGUUAAAGUUAAUGAUAGACUAAGAUUAAGAUUAGGAUUAAAGAUGUUUAAAGAAAUGGAAAUCUGACAAUUAAGAGGGAAAAUUUUAAUGUUAUUUUAUAUUAAGAUUAAAGAUCAGGUUUAAAGAAAUUGAAGACAUAUAUUACAAUAUUAUAUUAAAGUUAAAGAUUGGGAUUAAAAAAGUUGAAAAGAAAUUGCUGGACAAACAAUUUGGAUUGGAAUACAAAAGAGGGAGGUAUGAGGAAGUCCAGAAAAUAAGCAAACUAAAAAAACGGAUAUGGAAAAGAGAUAUUGUUUUUAAUUGUUAUGUUUUUUGUCUUUUAUUGUUGAAUUGUGUUCUUUUUUGUGUGUUCUUGUUAUCUUUUUUUUCCUUUUUUUGAGAUAUGUAUUGUGUAUGUUUUUCUUUUCUUUCUUUGUUGUUUAAAACUUAAAUAAAAAUUAUUCUUAAAAAAAAACCAAAAAAAACACAAGACUCCUGCAGGCGGGCAGGAGUCAGAUAUAGUCGGUUCCAGUGCCUAAGCCAAUACCACUCACAUUCUGUAACCAAUAUAGUUGCGACGUUUUUUAGCCUAUUAACCUAAAAUACUGGUGUCAAGUGGCUUUAUUCCAACAAAGGGGGGGGUGGUUCGGGGUCUUGCCACUUAACUGCAGCUUUUAUCUAGCAGUGCAAUACAGUGAGUUCAGUAUGACUGACUGCCAGGUAAGUGUACUUAGAUUGUGUUAAUAAGAUUUAGAAUUGCAGCCUUAAGUUGUUUUCAUGGGUGCCUGUCUCACCUGCCGUUGCCCCCCCACCAUAAACCAUAAUGCAUAGAUUCCCAUCUUUAUUUAUUUAUUUUUUUCAAACCCAACCUAAGUUCCUAGUGUUAUGUACUGAAGUUCUCACCCUGGCCAGCAGGGGGAUACUGUAGAUGGUUUUCACUCAGGUCCACAUAUGCAAAUAAGGGAUCGAAAGUGACGUUCAGUGAUUGGAUAGUUACAGAAAAUGGUUACUGUUGCGUUCUAGUGGAGCUCUAUAUAGGCAGGCUGGCUGAACCCUUCGGUUCAGUUCUGUUCUGGCCUCUGAAUAAACAAGAGGUGUUUGAAAAAUCGCUGUGUCGUCUGAUAUGUUCACCCACAACUUAACACGUAGUAUGGGAUGUGGGUGGCGCUGUGGUCUAAACCAGAGAGCCUAGGGCUUGCUUUUACCUAAGUUCCUAGUGUGGGAUAACCUGCCAUCUAGGUGCCUUGCAGCUGAGCUCCUGGGUCACUUGCUCCCUGGAUCCCGAACCCCACCCCCCCAAACUCACAACAAUACACAUCUGGCCCCUGGGUCACUAUCUGGAGAAUAAAAUCUCUCAAGAUUGCAAAGUUUGACUCUUCCUGUUUUAGGGAAGGCUUUGGCAGUUACAAUGUUCUGCAAACCUGUGGAUACUUGCCUAGGAGUAAGUUUCAUUGAACACAGUGAGUUUUAUCUUUAAGUGACAGGCCCAGUAAAACUUAGAUAUGCCUCCUGUGUAGAAAGACUCCUAACCUAUAUUUUUCUAAAUAGGGAAGACUCCUAAGGGAGACAUAUGCCACACAGGAAGCAAAACAAAGAUAGAUCAAGCAUCAAGUGAAGCAGCUUAUGCCCAAUUACCUUUGGUAAGCAGUCAAUUGAUAAUUAUUUAUAAUGAUCCAUUGCAUACAUGAACAAUUCAUUUGCUAAACUGUAUGUUGCACGUCUUCAUAGCUACAAAUAAUGCAAAUAUCAAGGCAAGUUGAAGUACGUGUGUGUGUGUGUGAGUGAAUAUUGAUUUUUAAUGAUUGAUUUCUCUGUGUUUUUAUAGUGGUUCUAGUUUUUUAUCCGUAAGCCUCCUUGGGUCCCAUCGGAUGAAAAUGUGUGGUAUUAAUAAUCAUAACAAUAUCUUCCCUUUCAAACGCAUCACACCCAGUGAAUGGAUUAGUAGUGUGCUCAGUUGUAUGAACAGAAAGGUGGGGGUGACGUGUGAGGGUGUGUGUAUAAAUAGAUUGGGGGUUCAGGGGUCUGUAUCACUGCCACCUAUCUAUUCAUAGAACUAAGCCAUGGGUAGGCACACUACGGCCCGGAGGCCGGAUACAGCCCAAUCGCCUUCUCAAUCCGGCCCGCGGACGGUCCAGGAAUCAGCGUGUUUUUACAUGAGUAGAAUGUGUCCUUUUAUCUAAAAUGCAUCUCUGGGUUAUUUGUGGGGCAUAGGAAUUCAUUCAUUCCCCCCCCCCCAAAAAAAUAUAGUCCGGCUCCCCACAAGGUCUGAGGGACAGUGAACUUGCUGAAAAGUUUGCGGACCCCUGAGUGGUCAAACAGCUAAGAAUGACUGGAGAAAGAGAUAAGUAUGAUCUGCAGUUAUGCUCCCUUCCCUCGGCCAAGAGCUCUCUUCCUAUACUCCUGUACAGGUAGCUCCUGUUUUAGGACUGUCCGAAUGAUGUGUGAUUGUGCACACGCCCCCAUCAUGCCAAAGGGGUGGGGUGGGGCGGGUUUACAUGCCCUUCUUCUGACGUGAACAGGGGUCCAGAACAGGACCCGCCCCGCAAAACAAGGGUCACCUGUAUUCAUUUCCCUCCUUAGAGCUGAGCAGCCGGAGAAAACAGGCUCAGCCACAUCUUCUCUCCCGCUCCCCACGAUUCUGCCGCUUGGCAGGAGGGAAGACUACAAUUAAUAAGACGUGUGUGAGGCAGGGAAGAUGACUACCAAACCCGUUCGCCUGCCCUGUCUCCUUCCUUCCCUCCCUCUUUGUCGCUCACGUACUCUCUCUCCCACUGUUGAAAUGGGCACAUUUCCCCAAGGCUUGUUUAUGACUUGUUGUUGUUGUUUAGUUGUUUAGUCGUUUAGUCAUGUCCGACUCUUCGUGACCCCAUGGACCAGAGCACGCCAGCCACUCCUGUCUUCCACUGCCUUCCGCAGUUUGGUCAAACUCAUGCUGGUAGCUUUGAGAACACUGUCCAACCAUCUUGUCCUCUGUCGUUCCCUUCUCCUUGUGCCCUCCAUCUUUCCCAACAUCAGGGUCUUUUCCAGGGAGUCUUCUCUUCUCAUGAGGUGGCCAAAGUAUUGGAGCCUCAGCUUCAUGAUCUGUCCUUCCAGUGAGCACUCAGGGCUGAUUUCCUUAAGAAUGGAGAGGUUUGAUCUUCUUGCAGUCUAUGGGACUCUCAAGAGUCUCCUCCAGCACCAUAACUCAAAAGCAUUUACCGGGAAAAGUUCAAAGUUACCUUUUCAGGGUUUAGAAUGUGCACCAUGGGAAGUUGCUCAUAAUUUCUUGGCUUGCUGUUACAGACUCUACCUGAUCCCAAAGCUGUGAUCCAAAGACAACGGGAGGUACCUCAUUUAAUUCCCCAAGAAAACACAUCCCUGACACACAAAUUCAAGAAAGGAAACUUAGGGCUGACAAAUCAUAAAGACCGGCAUCCGCAGGUGAGAUACAUAGGGUUUAAUUUAUUUUUAGCAGUUCACUCUGCAGUGAAGAGGGAACCUGGCUUGAUUGGUCCUGCAGCAGAGCUGCUGGUGUUUUCCUCAGAAGCAUGGGAUUGCAUCUUGAGGAAGUUGAUCUCACUCCAGGAGUGGGUGGGAAUGUGUAUGAAGAGACCGUAAUUCACUGUGUUUUAAGUUAGAUUGCUUCUUCACAGAUUUGCAGUUGCUUGUGUCUCAAUAUUUUUGGUAUUGUCCACAUGGCAUCCUCCUCAUUCGACUGGCAGCCCCCACUUUUCCCACAGUAAACUCCACCCAAGGAAAUUUUGUGAAGCAAAGUUAAUUCAACAUAAAAUUGGGUAGGUGGGUUCUGGUGGUGUUUGCUGUUUGUCACCAUGCCCCCAACAGCUUUCAAGGUCAGCAGUCGGCUAGAGAAGAUCGGGCUGCAAUGGUAAAGGCAGCCAUUGCUUCAAAAUAGUUAAGCCUCACUUCAAUGGAAUGUACUUAGGAAUAAACAGCUGUAAGAAUGGGAAAGCCUUGGGAAGGAGGGAACUUCAGAAAACACUCAACUGGAUUGCCUCCACCCAAUUGGUUCUCUGCUCUCUCCUUUGUGAGUGAAUCAGUGCCACUCAUAUCUUGACGCCUGGCUAUUCUUUGCUCUCUGACACACACAUGCACAUUUUAUUUUCAACUUGCUGUUUCAAAAUGACCAUUUUUUAAACUUUACUUUGUACAUAUUUUUUAGACUCUUUAGAGAGAAAAAAACAAGGAGACUUCCAGGGUGGCGCCACCGGCAAUGGCGGACUCCCUCUGAACUGGAGGGACUAGCUCCGCGGGAAACGGGUCUUCUCCGCUACGGCGAAGCGGGGACCCUUUCAAAAAUCACAGGCGGAUGUAGCCUGUGACCAUGAGACUCGGCGGGCACCUUUAGCGCCCCCCCCAACUCGCUAAGGAGCCCACUAACGGGCUCCGAAGUGAAGAGGGGGAAGUGGCGCGGUGCUCUGAGUCAACUGCUAUUUCCGUGGAGCGAAGCCGCAUAGCUGUUGCCGGAGAGCGCUGCCUUUUUCCUGGGACAAUUAGGACUUUAAAAUAAGCACCUGUGAGUACUUAGACUUUGAACAAUUGGACAUCAAAUAAGGACUAGCGAGCAGAAAAGAAUUGGAUCUUAAAAACCUAUUUUAAUUUGGUACGGAACGGGAAGGUCUAAACAGGAAGUCAGCCUUCCGUUCUUUUGUAAACAGAAUAAAGCAAAGACAACGUAAACUAGAGCUAAGAAAAUCACCUUUAAAGGAUUGGAUUUCAUCAUUUAAAAUUGUGGAACCCCCCUUCGACAGCAGGAGAAGGGGGGGGGUCUUUUUUGUAUUGUUUAAAGUGAGUUUAAAGUAAAGUAACUUUCCUCCGUCCUGAUCCUGGAGCGGGGUGUCAGGACUGACGUUUGAAGUUCAUUGACCAGAGACAAGUGUUUUUGACAGAUAGCUAAAAGAAGAGAAACAUAGUGAUUCCACUGUUCCCCUUCGCAUUUUAAAGGAAUAAAUAUUGACAAAGUAUCUCAAAAAGGGAAACUUUGUUGCAAGAACAAAUAGAAAUUUUCCCCCUAGAGGGAGACUGUGAAACUGUAACCAAUUCCAGGGAGCCGGCAGCUGUUACAGAUUACAAUCGUGGGAACAGGCAUCUGACCUUGCAGGACAAUGUAUUCAGAAGCUUUGUUGUGUGCGUUCUUUAAAACAAAUGCCCUACUGGAACAGUUACAUGAGAAGGUGAAUUGGAUGGCGACUUCGACUAGAAAUUUUGAACAGGCAGUGGGAAAUUUUGAACAGACAGUGGGAAAAUAUGUGGAGCCCACUCAGGAAUUAAAUCAGGAGUGUGUCUUGACAGAACAGGCCCAACAGGAAUAUGAGUUUUCGGAUUUGACAAAUGAACUUGGAAAAAGCCAGAUUUGGAAAGAAAAAGUUUGGUUUGGCUUGGAAAUGGGGGGCUGGAUUGACCCCCCUAUGCUGGGAUGUUUGGACUUUUCAAAUAUGGCAAUGGGCCGUGAGAUGUUUGGGAUUGUGGGGGCUCUUAAUUUUGGAGGGUCUUUGAAACAUGCUUUUAAAUACCAUAUGGAAUUUAGUGUUGAAUAUGGAAAAGGGGCUGAUCUGUCGAGAAGGGCUAAAAACAUUGUCAAGCUGGAGUUACCACGAGCAGGAGACAAGGGAAAAUACAGUUACAAAUAUGAAGAAGAGCUGUGGAAGGGACAUGGAAGAGACUUGAGGGCCUCGGAUAUAAGGUUGCCAGGUUAAUGGGCUAGAUCGAUGGGACAAUAAGGACUGACAAAACCCGGAACCAGGAGGAAGGGACGUUGGAUGAAGAUUGGAUCUGUUUGUAUCUCUUUUCUCUACCAUUAGAACUGUUUUAUAAAAUUGAUGAACGUCAGAAAAAUGUUGGAAUGAAAUUACUUGGCUUUAGCAAAGAUGUUUAAAGAAUUAUGAAAGAAUAUUAUGGUUAUGAGAAGUUGGUAAGGAUAAGAUUUAAGUUUUAAGCUUUAAGAUUUAUUUUAUUAUAGAAAGAUAAGAUUAAAACAGUUUAGGGUAAUGUAAUGACAGAAUAUUAUGAAAUAUGGAAAGGAUUUGCUGGGAUAAUUAAUAACUAGGAUACAAAGAAAGGGAGGAGGAGGUCUAAGAAAGAAGGCAAUGACAGUUGAGGAUUUGAAAAUAAUGAAUUUGUUUUUAAAUGUUUUUAAUUGUUUGUGAUGUAUUUUUGUAUUUUUCUUUUUUUUCUGUCACUUUUUCUUGCUUUUGAAUUUGUAUUCAUAUGGUUGGAAGGGGUUUGUUUUUUUUCUUUUUCUACUUUGCUAACUAUUUUUAUUUUGUACUUUCUUUUGCUUCUAUUUUAUUUUGUAACACUUUAAAAAUUUCAAUAAAUAUCUUAUAAAAAAAAAUAGAGAGAAAAAACAAGGAGCAUAUGCACAGAUAAAUAAAUAUCUGGGCAUGCCAACAAGGGGCCUCAAGCUUCCAGAGCCAGUGUGGUGUAGUGGUUAAGAGCGAUGGACUUGUAAUCUGGCGAACUGGGUUCGAUUCCCCGCUCCUCCACAUGCAGCUGCUGGGUGACCUUGGGCCAGUCACACUUCUCUGAAGUCUCUCAGCCUCACUCACCUCACAGACUGUUUGUUGUGGGGGAGGAAGGGAAAGGAGAAUGUUAGCCGCUUUAAGACUCCUUCGGGUAGUGAUAAAGAGGGAUAUCAAAUCCAAACUCUUCUUCCAGAAUUCAUUGAGGUUGGGGAAGCACUAAUUGAGGGAAAGAAAAAACAUACAGCACAAAGGCUUCACAUCAAGUACCAUCCACUAGUGUGGAUCGGAAACAAUUAGAUACAUUUUGGAGGCAUAAAAUGGAAAGUCCUUAUGUGUGAACCAUGGCUGACAAAAGUGCAGAAACAGCAACCCAUGUUCAUAUUCACAUCCAACUUGUGGACGUGUCCUUGACUAUGCAGCCAUAAUAAACGUUAACCUUUCCUUGAGUGCAAAAGUGCUCCAUACCUGAACCAACCUUCCCCUUUGGGUUCCCACAACAUCUCUGCCAUUAUGAAGAACCUGGCUAGAACUGUAAUUAGUCUUAGACAGCAGAGAUGGAAGCAGAAUUCACUUUCAGUUUAUAUAGCGGAAUUGGGAUUUGUUUUAUUUUCUGUCUCUUGAAAAACAAAGCAUUUGCACAAAUUCUAUAUUCCAGUCUAGACUGCAUGAUUAAAGGGGCAUGGUGCCCCAACGCAGUGGAGUUCCAUUAUGCUCUGACUGACAUAGAAUUUCUGCCUGCUUCCACAGAACAGUCAUCUCAACAUAGCCUCAAACCACUUUUCUUAUUCCUUUUCUAUGAGCCAUUUUCAAAAGCUGGAUGUAGAAGUUUGAUUUCAGAGGUAGCUUUCCCUUCCAUUGUAGGAGGGCAACUAGCCUGGGAGAAAGGCCAUUUGCUUGGGAUCAGGAGAACAAUCUUAUGAAAUAAAACGGGAUGUGGAAGGGCUUACUCCCUUACUCCCCAAAAGACUUCAUGCCUUCUUUGCCAGAGACAAGCUCCAAAAGGGCUCACGUCCAACAUCUACCUCCAGCCACCCCAUGCCGCAGUUGACCCUCCCAACCGAGACCAGCAGAGUGACUAAAAGAACGUGAGGGCUGGAAGCUGCCAAUGGACAAGUGCUUCCCUCAUAUCAGCUCAAACAAAUACUACACCUGAAGACAAAAUGAAGGGAAUAUGAGUUAAAUCCCCUAACAGAAGGCUGUUCUAGGAGUGGAAGCGGGAGUUGCCCGAAAACCGCUCACCCUGUAGGCACAGAACAGGCGGUCAGAACUCAGCAAUCUUGUGGUGAAAUGCUUCUGGGAGAUGAUAUAUAAUGAGAUGAAAAAAAUGUUGAAAUAUACAUUCAUAAAGAAACCAGAAGCAUUUUUACUGGGCAUUGUGGGGAGUGAUAUAAAUAGAAAGGAACGUAAGCACUCUUUAUAUGCAACAACACCAGCAAGAAUAUUACUGGCCCAAAAAUGGAAGCAAGAAGAAUUACCGAUGAUUGAAGAAUGGAGGAUGAAGUUAAUGGACUAUGCAGAACUAGAUAAACUAACAGGAAGGAUUCGAAACCAGCGGGACCAGAAAUUCACAGAAGACUGGAGUAAAUUUAUGGACUGUUUGAAAAGUAUUUGUGAAGAUGAGACGACUUUUGUAGAUUUGCAAGAAGUUUUGUGAGGAGUAUUAUUGGAAGUAUCGCAAAAAUGGAGAAGGGGAAGGAUGAUCUGUUAAGAGAUGUAAAGGCAAUAUAAAGUUAAGAAAUGCAUAAGAAGUGGUUAAAACGGUGGAUCAUCAGAGGUGCUGAUGGAAGUCUAACAAGAUUGUAUAAGUGAUAAGUUUUGUGGUAUAUUUUAUAAUUUAUAUGUUAAAAUCAAUAAAAAUUAAAAAAAAGAGAACUCAGCAAUCUUGUAGCCUUUCUAAAUCAGGUUCCAAAAACAGACACCAUCAUGGGACAACCAGCAGUAAACCAAAGAAAUUCCAGGCCUCUGUAACAUGCUGUGAGCACAGAGCUUGCAUCGUCCAACCGAACUGUCCCGUGUACCUUUUAACUUGCCCAGAAAACAGAGGAACCCUGAAAACCCACAAAAUCCUCCUCAUAAGGCAGGGAUCCUGAUGAACAUGCUCAGAAAAAAGGAAAAAUCUGGGGAAGAUCCAAUACCUUUGUAACUUUUUCUCAGUUCCAGCUGUGCUUGAAUCCCAGAAAGGAAGAGGAGCGUUCAGGGGAGUAGGAGGUCAUGGAAGAACUACUCUGGGGCAGACCUUCCCAGGCUUCUUGCUGGGUAGUGGAAAAUUUCUGGCUGGAUUAAUCUGGCUGGCAAAGUAAGAAGCUACACAGUCAGCAUCCAGCUGGCAAAGAUAGCAUCUACUUUAUUCAGCAGCACCUCCUUCCACAACACCUCGGUUUCUGAUAUGCUUCCACAAGCUGCUAUGCAAAGGAUGGCAUAAACUUUCAAAAAGCUACUCACGUCUUCUGCAGUAAGUUCCACCAUCUACCUAAGGACAUAUCUUCCAGCUGUUCCCAAAGUCAACACACCAGUGGUGACUGUCACAUCGAAGGUGCUUCUUAAUGAUACGCUGCCUAGGAACUGGUCAACAUUACCGUAGUGCAGAAGCUGUUUUUUGCAGAGUGGACACCAUUGCCCUUCGGAAAGCUAUCACAGCAGCCGCAAUCAAACUGGGAGCAACCACACUUUCUUGUUGUAGAAGUUCACAAAUCACUUUAUUUAAGCAUAGCAGCACAAGCAACUACAGUGGUACCUCGGGUUAAGUACUUAAUUCGUUCUGGAGGUCCGUAUUUAACCUCAAACUGUUCUUAACCUGAAGCACCACUUUAGCUAAUGGGGCCUCCUGCUGCCGCCGUGCUGCCGGAGCACGAUUUCUGUUCUCAUCCUGAAGCAAAGUUCUUAACCUGAGGCACUAUUUCUGGGUUAGCGGAGUCUGUAACCUGAAGCGUAUGUAACCUGAAGCGUAUGUAACCCGAGGUACCACUGUAAUAGAAAAUACCUGCAGAGCAGAAGAACACAUUCAGCAAAUUAUACCUCUCCUUUGUAAAUUAUGUGUCAUUCCUGAGAUAGACGGAUGGUCACUUCUUGCUAUCCCAGGACCCACUUACAAUCUCUGUCUUAAAGCUCCCUUGGUUUCACACCAGAUCUCUUCAGUACUUCCCCCUAGACUUUCAAGACCAGACUGCCCUGUUAAUCCCUUUUCUGUGUAGGUGCCUUUUCGUAAAGCACAUGUUAAAUGUUUUUAAAAUGUGUGGUUAAAAUAUGAAGCCUAAAUAAUAAGAUGAAACCAGGCAGAGGGCCUUCUCAGUAGUGGGGCCCACCCUGUGGGAAUGUCCUCCCAUCAGACGUCAAGGAGAUGUCAAUGUAAGUUUUUAACGUUUGCUGUUUUAUUGUGUUUUUAAUAUUUGGAGUGGCUGGGGAGACCCUGUCAGAUGGGCAGCAUAUAAAUAAUAAAAUUAUUAUUAUUAAUCUAAAUUGUCUCUGCAAAUUGAUAUUCCACAUAGGACCUCAAAACUUCAAACUUUACAUUAGAAAUUUUGGGAUGGCUGCUUUUGUCUGAGGUGUAAAUUUCUAUUUUUAAUUGCAUGAUGCUGUGUGGUGAAUACUCAGGCUUGUCUGACAAAUCUGAAUUUUUGCCACAGUUCCCGAAGUCUCCUACUUCCCCAGGUCCUUCCUAAGCAAUCUGAGACUUUGUCAUCUUGUCUGUCUUCUUCAUAUCUCUUCUGGUCCUGGGAGACUGGGGGUGGGGGUGAAGCUGGUCACAGCAGGAGGGGGAGACAACCUGGCUUCCUCUUUGCCUUUUAGCCCCCCUCUACUUUUGUCUCUGAUUCUCGACUGCUCUCUGUGACUUUGGAAAAUGUCAAUCACUUCUCCUACCUGGGCAGUUAUCUUUCCACAAGGGCCAACAUUGAUGCCGAAAACCAGCAUUGCCUGAGCUCUGAAAGUUCAGCUUCCUCCUGAUUCAAGUGCAGAGUGUUUGAGGACUGGGACAUUCUCAGGGAAACCAAACUGCUUGUUUACAAAGCUAUUGUACUACCAACCUUACUGUAUACUUAUGAAACAUGGACCACUUAUAAACGUCAUCUUCAACUCCUCAAAAGUUUCCAUCAACGGUGUCUCCGAAAAGUUUUCACAUCACUUGGGAAGAUAGGCGAACUAAUGCCAGUGUACUGGAAGAAGCAAAGAUCACCAGUGCUGACGCGAUAAUUCUUCAACGUCAGCUUCAUUGGACUGGUCAUGUUGUGCGGAUGCCUGAUUAUUGUCUUCCAAAGCAACUACUCUAUUCCGAACUUAAAAAUGGAAAGCGUAAUGCUGGUGGUCAUCACAAGAGGUUUAAAGACUGUCUCAAGGUAAAUCUUAAAAAAUGUAGGAUAAACACCAACAAUUGGGAAACCCUGGCCUGCGAGCGCUCAAAUUGGAGAACAGCCUUUACCAAAGGUGUCAUGGGCUUUGAAGACACUCAAACUCAGGAUGCAAGGGAGAAACAUUCUAAGAGGAAGGUAUGCUUGGCAAAUCCACACCGUGAUCAACUCCUGCCCGGAAACCAAUGUCCCCACUGUGGAACAUGUGGAUCCAGAAUUGGCCUUCACAGUCACUUACGGACUCAUUGUUAAAACCGUGUUUAUGGAAGACAAUCUUACAGUGGUACCUCUAGAUACGAACGGGAUCCAUUCCGGAGCCCCGUUCGCAUCCAGAGGUAAACGUAACUAGCGAUGGCACGUCUGCGCACGCGCGUGUCACUUUUUGCUGCUUCUGCGCAUGCGCGUGACGUCAUUUUGAGCAUCUGCGAAUGCGCAAGCGGCGAAACCUGGAAGUAACGCGCUCCGUUACUUCCGGGUUGCCGAGGAGCGCAACUCGAAUGCGCGCAACUCGAAGCGUAUUUAACCCGAGGUAUGACUGUACUUGGCUGUGAGUGAUCAUCAAAGAAGAAGAAGACUCUCCCAGCUCACUAAACCCUGUUAUCUCUUCAGCUUCUGAAACCACCUCCUCCCUCUUCUCCUUCUGAUUUUCCAUCACCAUCCCACCACCAACCCCCUGACUCUGAGCCUUCUUCCAUUGGGGGUUCCCCAGCCGGUUCCUUCUACAACUCUGCAUCCAGCCAGUUCGUGACGGUGCCCCUGCAAAACAGUUCAACUUUAAAAUAACUGAAUAAAUAGCUGUAGAAAUUUAUUGAAAUAUUCAGGAUGUUGGGCUAUUCGUGACAAAAUUGAAACCAAACUUGUUUUUAUGUUCUGAUAAUGUUUCUCUUCAUCUUUGUCUCACGUGGGAUGAUCCUUGCCCUUUGACACUUUCUAAAUUUUCUUUUGUCUUUUGCUUUCUCAUCCUCAAUUUUCCCCCGUUCUGCAGCAGUAUAAUUGGCGUAUGUGAAUUUUCUUAUGUUCCUGAAGUCAUAGACAUUUUUAAAAUAGCAAAAUGAGAAAGUUACAUAGAAACUUUCAAUGAGGUCUGCUUUAUAUAUAUAUAAAAAAAUCAAGCCGCAAAAGUUAUAAAAAGGCACAUAUAUGUUUCUGUUCUAAUCCUAUAAUUUUUCUGUAGAGGCCGAAUCGCCUGUGGUGCUUGUUAUUUUUGAAAGAGAGUAAUAUUUAUUUUAAUAACAAGAGAAGAAAUUAUACAUAUUGGUUCUCAGGAAACAUUUUUGUAGAAAUGAAUCUCACUGACAUCUUACUGAUGGCUGUCGCAAAUAAAGAUUCAUUCAUUAUUCUCACUGACAAACGUGCUCCUGUUAACAUCUCCAGGAUUUCCUUGACACACCUGCAUACAGAAUAUGCGAAUAUUCACAAUUUCCUUCAUGUUUACUGAGCUCAUGUUGUGAGAGAAACAUUAAAAUAUCAAUCUACUAAAGAUUGAUGUUUUGUUUUGUGUUUUUUAAAAUAGAACACUUGACUAAUAUUAUUGAUAGAUUCCAUCUUGCUGUGACAUUUUUGGAUUAGAAAAAGAGUGGUGUUGGAUUUCACUUUUCAGAGUGAACAUUUUAAUGGAGACAGGCCUAAAUCAUGGAGCUCUGUCAUUAUGGGGUGUGAAAGACGUGCCCCAAACUUUUGUGAUCUCAGUGUCUUCAACGUCUGUUGUUUACCAAUGAGGAGGAACCGCAGAGUGCAGCCGAAGGUAACCCUUGUUGAAAGUUUGUUUUGCUUCUUUCCUGCAAACUGUGUGUGUCUAUGUUGGUUCAUAAUACGGCUGUUGCAGUGUGAUAUGGGCAUUCCGCCAUACAGUAUGGGAACAGAAGUAUAUUUUAACUUGUAUAUUCUGUGUUAAGUAGAAGCUGCUAUGAUUUAGCUAAAUUACUAUUACUUUUUCAAUUUUUAAUUUUCAAAAUUUUCACAAAAGAAAAACAAAAAAAACAUAAAAAAGGGAAAGAUAAGUCAAUCUUACAGCAUUCUUAGACUAAGAUGAAUGUUACAAUAUACAUAGUAAAAUUGUUUAGAAAUUUAAGAUAUUAUAAAUAUAUACUUAUAAUAACAUUGAAAAGAAAAACAACCGGAAAAGUGUUAAAACUAAAAAUUCCUAUCGAUCAAUAAGCAAUAUUCAACCAAUUCAAACCAAUACUAGGGUAUUUUGUACACAAAAUCCUUCAUGUUGGAUUGAAUCCCUUAUCAAUUUAUUGUUUUGUUGACUUCCGCCUAACUCUUUGCGGUUUCAAUUCAACUUACUCCUAUUUUUAAUCUGUAUUUAAUUGUUUGUCCUCACCUUGGGGUGAAAAAGUAAUAUUUUUCUAUCUGUGAAAUUUAUUCUAGACACAGCCAAGUGUUAUUAUUGGAACCGUGUUUUGUCAAAUAGUUACUAAAACAUUCCCAUUAUUUUUCAACCUUAUCUACCGAUUUGUUUCUUAUUAACUCCGUCAUUUUAGCGAGUUCCAAGUACUCACAUAAUUUUAAUUGCCAUUCCUCUCUUGUUGGUGUUGAUUCGUUCUUCCAAUAUUUCGCUAUUACGAUUCCGGCUGCUGUAACUGCAUAAAGAAACAGUCUUUUGGUUUCGUUUAGAAUGUUUAUUGUUAAAAUGCCUAAUAAAAACAUUUCUGGGUUUUUGUUUUUUCUGAAAUGUAUGUUUUAGCAUUUUUUAAAACUCUUCAUAAAUCAUGUCCUAAAUUACUAUUACUAUGCUUUCUGAAGAAAAGAAAAAGGUGCAUUCUUUUUUUAAAAAAGAGGGAGGAAAUACUUGAUGAGUUUAUUAAAGCAGGACAAGUGAUCCAAGUAAACAUAUAGGUCUAUUUAUCCUGAAGUCUAAAAGGCAACUUUCAUCUGUCUCCAGGCAAUGAUAAUAUAGCACACUUUCAAACAGCUUUACAUUACAACCGGUUGGUUUUACUUGUUCUGCGUUUGUGUCUUUUAAUGGACUGAAUAGAGUGAAAGAUUAUGACUUAUGGGGGUGGCGAGUGUGUGUAUGUGAAUUUAGCAGUGCUUAGUUUAUUUUUGGGUUGCUAUUUUGGUAAAAUCUGUUAAUAUUGUUUUAUUGAUUCUAAAUGCCGUAUUAAUUUGUUCAUCCUAUAAUAUGACUUUUGUUGCAUUUGUGCUGUUUAGCUAAUUUUUUUUUAGUUGUUUCGUUAAUGGUAUUUUGUAGAUUGCAAUUGUUUAGCUGAUGAUUUGUUAAUUGCCUGGUGAGAUUUAUGCCGUGUUUGUGAUGUUCUGUUCUGUUAUUGCUAUGUAUGGUUUGUAAACCGCUUUGCGAUUCAUUUGAAAGAAAAGCAAUAUGGCAAUAUAAUAAAGCAAAGCCAAGCAAACUUGCCAACUCUGAAAUAAACUGAGUGGGAGACUUUGUUUAAUUUUUUUAAAAAAUUAUUUGGUUUUUCAGUUUAAAGUUUUGCAGUCAAUUAUCAACAACCAAAAUAAAAACAAGAUUCCAAAGAAUUUCCUGAACUUCCCUCCUCCCCUUUGUGGGUCCUUUUGUUAACCAUUUCCUCCUGCAUCUUUUAUAAUAAUCCAAAUCUUUUACAUCUCCAUAUAUUUAAAAUUCAACAUUAAACUACAAGUAUUAUUCCAAUCCUACUAACAAUUUUAACUGUUUGCAAUGGUUUUUAAGAUAAAUUAUAAAUUCCCCCCAUUCCUUAUUAAAAUUUUGGUAUUCCUGGUUUCUGAUUCUUCCGGUCAUUUUUGCCAUUUUGGCAUAAUCCGUCAACUUAAUCUGCCAUUCUUCUCUGGUCGGGACUUGGUCUUUUUUCCAUCUCUGGGCCAUUAACAUCUGAGAAACUGUGGGACUUUGUUUAAAAAAUUAGCCUCUGUUCCUUGUCAUUUCCCCUUUCCUGAAAAAAUCUAUUUUUUCCCCAUGUCCUGAAUAUAUUACAAAUAGGAUUCCACAUAUAUGGAGUUCAGGUUGCUGCUGGAAAUUACUUCCUGGGGAACACUCUCAGUCUAUUUUCCUAACUUCUGUGGGAAGGGUCUGGAUUCUAUUGCAGGGGUUGGCAAGGUUUACCUCGCCUGGGCCGCUUCACUCCAGCGGAGAUCCCUCCUUGGGCCGGAUCACACGCACGUGCGAGUGUGCGUGCCUGCAUCUGUGCAGACACGAUUUCCGGCGUCUGCGCAUGUGCAGAUGCUAUUUCCAGUGCAGUGUGCGGGGACUCGCAGAGAGGGUGGCUCGGUUCAGGGGUGUCUCAGGGGCCAUUUAAAUGACCCCCGUGGGCUGCUUGUGGCCCGUGGGCCUUAGGUUGCUGACCCCUGCUCUAUUGUUUAGAACCAGGCAGGAGAAAUAUACUCCACUCAUCUAAAUCCUCUGGCUUGUCCAGGAGCCAGGACUUUCCUAUACUAAAGGACACAAAGGGGAGCAGUUAGUUCACUUCUUGCAGCAGGCAAAACUCGUUAAUCAAUUUGCUGUGUAAAUCUGUUUGCUCGUGAUUUCAUAUACCCCGCAAAAGUUAUUUUUUAAUGUUUUAAAUACUUUAUGAAACCAAAUCCAAACUAUUUCUUUUUGUGCUAACUUUAUUUAUCCCAUUAGAAAUUAAAUAGCAGCAUAAGCGUGCUCCCUCACCUGGAGUGCCAAGUUAAGAGCAAUUUGGUUUCAAGUGCUGUGAAGUCGCAGCAGCAAGAUGCUAUCCUUCCGCAAAUAACCGCCAAGAACUUGCAGAAUGUCAAUGCGUUGCAUCAGGUAAGCCGAACAGAGAUCAGUACUACGUUUUUACGUUUCAUUGUUGUGGUUAGAAAAGUUGCGGAAUAUCGUGUAUGUAGAUGCGUGCAUCUCAUGGUGUCAGAAGUUUUAUUUUUAUUUUAUAAACGUUGAUGUUUACCAGGCAUUCUUAAGAUUUUCAAAACUGCAGGAGGAAAUUCUGAGUUAUUUAGUAAAUGGAGAUCAUGUUGAUUGUAGAAGGAGCCCUACCUAACCUGGUAGAAAAGCUCAGGCCUUAUAUACAGUAACCCUCACCUCCAAAUCCAGGGUGUGGUACCCUCUUGCAGAAGACAAGAGCACAGACACACACAGAGGGCCCCAAGAGAAUGUGGUGGUUGAGACAAACAUGGGGUGUGUUCUGUAGAGCAUGUCCUCUCUAGAAGAGGGCACGUGUUGCGGUGAGACCUGGAGACCAACCGCCUGGUUGUGGGUGAGUAUAUUGGACAGCCACAACACCUGAUUGGUAGGUCCCUUGUUGCUAGGUUUAAUCUGGCCAAUGGGGAGCUGUCUAAACGGACCGAGGGACCUAUAUAAACCCAUGCACGUGACCCAGAGCUUCCUCUUUCGGCUCGUGCAUCAGAACACCCGCCCACCUCUCCCUAUAUUUAAGGCAUUUUGCGCUUGACCUUGCUAUGCCGUCGUGUGUCGUCUGUCAUUGGGACAGGGGCAUGGCAGGAAUUUCCCCCACUUGGCUGAUUGGCUGGUGCCAUUUGGGUUUCGCCAACUGCGUAGCAAAUCGUCACAACUUGUAAGGUUGCGGAUAGGCUCUGGUUCAGGUGAUAGGGAUGGGAGAACGCUCUCGCCAUCCCUAUGUGAAGGGUAUUCCAUUAAAGGAAUCCAGGGACUCAACUUGGUUUGGUCAACCCCUGAGAAGGGGUUGUGCCCAUGCCUGAGUCCAGGAGAGCAUCUGGGGGAGUGGACAUAGUCCAUUCCCAGGCUUUCCACCCACCUCAGGGGUUCGCCUUUGGCUGAGAGCUCUGGGUCAGUGCUACCUGCAAAGGUGCAGGGAGCUAGUCGAACCAGAGCCUAUGCAACCACUCAUUUCUGUAAUCAAUAAAGUUGUGGCCUAAAUUCUGGCAAAAACCAAAUCUAAAAUUUGAGUCAAAUGUGUGUUUAUCCAGGGGGGAGGUCUCUGGGUCUGAACACGCAACCAGGUUUCUGCAUGGAACAUUGAGCCAUUUUGGCCCACCCUUUUCACUGAUAAACUAUGUUUUCCCCUCUUAGCUAGCCACACCUGGUGGUUAUCAUCCUCUUGGGCCCGCCUGCCUGCCACUCCCAUCCCUUAUACAUCCCAGCAGUAGCCAAUCCCACUUAGAAUCCAUGGAGCCUGAAUGAGCAGAGAAUGGCAGAGCCACUGAGCACUGGUAGCAAUUUAGUCAAGGUCUGUACAGUGGUACCUUGCUUCUCAAACAUAAUCCGUUUCGGAAGUCCGUUCCAAAACCAAAGCGUUCCAAAACCGAGGCGUGCUUUCCCAUGGAAAGUAAAGCAAAAUGGAUUAAUCCGUUCCAGACUUUUAAAAACAACCCCUAAAACAGUGAUUUAACAUGAAUUUUACUAUCUAAUGUGACCACUGUUCCAUAAAAUGAAAGGAAUAAACAAUGUACUACAGUCACACAAUCAAUCAAUCAAUCAAUCAAUCAGUAGCUGAACUGCGUUCCACGCAGUUGCAAAAACAAAACAAAAAGUGUGGCACUCAAAACAGAGCAUGUUCGGCUUCCGAAAAUAGUUCGCAAACCAGAACACUUACUUCCGGGUUUGCAGUGUUUGGGUUCCCAGUUGUGUUUGAGUACCAAGGCGUUUGAGAACCAAGGUACCACUGUAUCUGAUCCUGAGGCUAGCAGAAGUGAGAUUGAACUGGGGCGUGAGGAAGGGAUCUAGCAUAGGAAUGUGGAGCCCUGGCCCUCCAGGUGGGAGGGAUGGGACACACAUGCCACCAUUAUAGUCGGUAUCAGGGGGUCCCUCUGCCUCCCUUCACUAAGCUUUGAGCUGGAUGGAACUGGAGUUCUCUGGAUGAGUAGUGACCUCCUAGCCAUAAUCACGAUUAGCCGUGAGCCUCAUAAUACGUAGGAUUGGUUUGGCAUGUAUAAGUCUGCUCCUGCUUUGGUCACCCUCCCAGCAGAGCUGCACCGUAGUGGUGCAGACGCACCAGAAUGGAGUAGUGCUGGCAUAUUUGGGACAUGGGUGGCGCUGUGGUAUAAACCACGGAGCCUCUUGGGCUUGCUGAUCAGAAGGUCGGCGGUUCGAAUCCGUGUGAUGGAGUGAGCUCCUGUUGCUCUGUCCCAGCUUCUGCCAACCUAGCAGUAUGAAAGCACGCCAGUGCAAGUAGAUACAUAGGUACCACUGUGGCGGGAAGGUAAAUGGCACUUCCAUGUGCUCUGGUUUCCGUCACGGUGUCCCGUUGUGCCAGAAGCAGUUUAGUCAUGCUGGCCAUAUGACCUGGAAAGCUGUCUGUGGACAAACGCCGGCUCCCUCGGCCUGAAGGCAAGAUGAGUGCCACAACCCCAUAGUCGCCUUUGACUGGACUUAACUGUCUAGGGAUCCUUUACCUUUACCUAGUGCUGGCAUAUACCUAGAGAUGCUUUGCUGUCUCAAGAUAUGAAGGUGUAGUUGGGUUUCCACCAUAUCCUACAGUCUACUAGCCAGCACUUUUAGAGCACAGGUUUGUGCUCUGACAGCCCAUACAUAAUAAGAGUGAUCAAGUGGAACAAUACUUUACAGUCGUUCCUGCAGGGAUGAGGUCUGGUGGCUGAUGGUACAUAGUAGAUACUGGCUUGCUCUUGUGUCAUAAAAAAAGUUCCUUUUCCUUUCUCUGGAACAAUAGUUAAAAUUUAAAUAAUUGGUGUUAUUUUUAAGUUUUAAAAUGUUUUCUUUAAUUGGGUAAACUUUCAAGGUGCUUGAAAAAAAUAUUUUUAAGGCUUGAAGCAUGUGGCAAGGAGUGGGGGUAGCAGGAAGAGAAAGAGGAAAUCGGUUUAGAGGCAUGUUUGUGUGUGUCGUUUUAAAACUGAAGGUGUGGAAAAUCUGACACCCCCCCCAGCAGAGAAAUACCAGUUCCUGUCCAUACAUAUGUGCCUAUAUGCCUAAGGAGGAAGAAGGCUCUUUAUUGCCUUUGUUACAGCUGUCUAAAGAUGGCCUCUGUUGUUUUAAUCAGACGAGAAUUACUCAUUUGAAAUUAUUUUACUGUAGAGAUGGACUGAGAAAAAGGGGCUGAGAUGUAUGGACUUAAGGCAAGUGUUUUACAAAGCACCAUAUUACUCUUUAGCAGGAAAACAGAGCCCCAGGCCAAUCAUUUUCUUCAGCUCCUCGUGAAAACAGUGCUAUAGUUCUGUCCAGCAAGACAGAAACAGAAAAAAGCCACAGUCUAAAGCUGCCUCUGACUUCAGCAGGUACAAAUUUUGAAUGCUAAUUUUUUUUUAACAGAAACAAAUUGAUGAGGACAAAAUUGUGACAAAUGCUUGAAUGAGACUUGGAGUGGGUAAAUUGUUGUCGUUUAGUCGUGUCCGACUCUUUGUGACCCCAUGGACCAGAGCAUGCCAGGCACUCCUGUCUUCCACUGCCUCCCGCAGUUUGGUCAAACUCAUGCUGGUCGCUUCGAGAACACUAUCCAGCCAUCUUGUCCUCUGUCGUCCCCUUCUCCUUGUGCCCUCCAUCUUUCCCAACAUUAAGGUCUUCUCCACAGAGUUUUCUCUUCUUAUGAGGUGGCCAAAGUAUUGGAGCCUCAGCUUCAGGAUCUGUCCUUCCAGUGAGCACUCAGGGCUGGUUUCCUCAAGAAUGGAGAGGUUUGAUCUUCUUGCAGUCCAUGGGACUCCCAAGAGUCUCUUCCAGCACCAUAAUUCAAAAGCAUCAAUUCUUUGGCCAUCAGCCUUCUUUAUGGUCCAGCUCUCACUUUCAUACAUCACUACUGGGAAAACCAUAGCUUUAACUAUACGGACUUUUGUUGGCAAGGUGAUGUCUCUGCUUUUUAAGAUGCUGUCUAGGUUUGUCAUUGCUUUUCUCCCAAGAAGCAGGUGUCUUUUAAUUUCGUGGCUGCUGUCACCAUCUGCAGUGAUCAUGGAGCCCAAGAAAGUAAAAUCUCUCACUGCCUCCAUUUCUUCCCCUUCUAUUUGCCAGGAGGUGAUGGGACCAGUGGCCAUGAUCUUCAUUUUUUUGAUGUUGAGCUUCAAACCAUAUUUUGCGCUCUCCUCUUUCACCCUCAAUAAAAGGUUCUUUAAUUCCUCCUCAUUUUCUGCCAUCAAGGUUGUGUCAUCUGCAUAUCUGAGGUUGUUGAUAUUUCUUCCGUCAGUCUUAAUUGCGGCUAGGGAUUCAUCCAGCCCAGCCUUUCGCAUGAUGAAUUCUGCAUAUAAGUUAAAUAAGCAGGGAGACAAUAUACAGCCUUGUCGUACUCCUUUCCCAGUUUUGAACCAAUUAGUUGUUCCAUAUCCAGUUCUAACUGUAGCUUCUUGUCCCACAUAGAGAUUUCUCAGGAGACAGUUGAGGUGAUCAGGCACUCCCAUUUCUUUAAGAACUUGCCAUAGUUUGCUGUGGUCGACACAGUCAGAGGCUUUUGCAUGGUCAAUAAAGCAGAAGUAGAUGUUUUUCUGGAACUCUCUAGCUUUCUCCAUAAUCCAGCGCAUGUUAGCAAUUUGGUCUCUGGUUCCUCUGCCCCUUCAAAAUCCAGCUUGCACUUCUGGGAGUUCUCGGUCCACAUACCGCUUAAGCCUGCCUUGUAGAAUUUUAAGCAUAACCUUGCUUGAAUGAGACUUGGAGUGGGUAAAUACAGUAUAUAAGCUAUAAAAUGGGGUAGUGGUGGGGAAACCCUGGUUCAAACCACAUCCCAACUGUGAACUUACUUGCAGAUCUCAGGCCAGCCUUUCAGUUUUCCCACUCCAAUUUGCACUACAGGGAUAAUAAUAAUAGCGGGUGGCGAUGGGGGUUAAACCACAGAGCCUAGGACUUGCCUAUCAGAAGGUCGGCGGUUCGAAUUCCCGCGAUGGGGGUGAGCUCCCGUUGCUCGGUCUCUGCUCCUGCCAACCUAGCAGUUCGAAAGCACACCAGUGCAAGUAGAUAAAUAGGUACCGCUCCGGCGGGAAAGUAAAUGGCGUUUCCAGCGCUGCUCUGGUUUGCCAGAAGCAGCUUAGUCAUGCUGGCCACGUGACCCGGAAGCUGUACGCCAGCUCCCUCGGCCAGUAAAGCGAGAUGAGCGCUGCAACCCCAGAGUCGUCCGUGACUGGACCUAACGGUCAGGGGUCCCUUUACCUUUACUGAUCUCACUGAUGCAGGGACACUAAUACUAAGCUAGCUUCCUCUAACCCGGUGCUCUCCAUAAUGUUUUUAUUCUGCACCUCCCAGCAGCCAUAGCCAGCAUUUUUGGGGAACUGCUUUAAACAGCAUAUUCUGAGAGAUGGGGAGAACGAGGAAACAAGUUAUUUAUUACCUGCAUGAUGGUUAAGUUAUGUGAAUGCAGAGAAGAGAAGUCCAGGCCAGGAAGUUGGUUCAUCAAUAUUUUGUACAAUUUGUUUGCUUUAGUAUUUAACUCGUGAGCUGCUUUGGGUUCCUUGGCAGAAUAUAUAGGUGCAAUAAAUAAAUGAACACAAUAUCCAAUAUUCAGUGUUUGAUUUUUGUCUCCAAAUCAGAAGCCUUGAAACAUUUUAAAAACCAGCUAACAACGUAUGAACAGCGGGAGAUUAAGGAAUAUAGAGAGCUGUGGUUUCUUGGACUGGGAGCUAAAAAGAUUGAAGCCUAUCCUGAUGCAGAGAACAACAGUUCCUACGAUGAUGAUCAUGGCUCCUACAAAAAGGUAAGAGGCUGAAAGUGCAGUAUUGCUUUGGCAUCCGUGACUUUGGAAACAAUGUAGAACUAUUGGUGUUCAUCUUGUGUAAGAGCUGUCCAAUGAGAGGAAGUGAAGAGUAAUUUUCUCAUUGCAUUUAAUAAAUCCUGGCUCAGAAAUAUGAAUAUUGGGGACUCAUAAUGCUCACCUCAAAUAUGAGAUGAGCAUUUACAGCCUAUAUUCUUCUUCAGCUUGGAUUUUGAUCUAAAAUGAGAAGGAAGAUUUUAAUCUGAGCCACAGUCUGUAAUCCCUGCGUUCCUGCUACCCACGUGUCACUGGGUGAUGAAUGCAUGGAACAUGUACUUGUGUUUUGUUCAUGGAGUCAUUGAAUCACAGAACUGUAGAGUUUGAAGGGACCCCGAGAGUCAUCUAGUCCAACCCUCUGCAAUGCAGGAAUCUCAGCUAAAGUAUCCAUGACAGAUGGCCAUCCAACCUCUGCUUAAAAACUUUCAAGGAAGGAGAGUCCAUCAACUCCCAAGGGGGUCUGUUCCACUGUCAAACAGCUCUUACCGUCAGAAAAUUCUUUCUGAUGUUUUGUCGGAAUUUACUUUGUUUAACUUGAAGCCAUUGGUUCGAGUCCUACCCACCAGAGCAAGAGAAAACAAGCUUGCUCCAUGUUCCAUGUGACAGCUCUUGAGAUAUUUGAAGAUGGCUAUCACAUUUCCUCUCGACCGCCUCUUAUCCAGGCUAAACAUACCCAGUUCCCUCAACCACUCCUCAUACGGCUUGGGUUCCAGACCUGUGAUCAUUGUGGUCGCCCUCCUCUGCACACAUUCCAGCUUGUCAAUAUCCUUCUGAAAUUGUGGUGCCAAAAACUUGACACAGAAUUCCAGGUGUGGCAGAAGAGAGAGGUACUAUUUUUCCCCUUGAUCUGCACACUAGACAUCUGUUGAUGCAGACUAGAAUAGCAUUCUAGAGCCAGUGUGGUGUAGUGGUUAAGAGCGAUAGUCUCGUAAUCUGGGGAACCGGAUUCGCGUCUCCGCUCCUCCACAUGCAGCUGCUGGGUGACCUUGGGCCAGUCACACUUCUUUGAAGUCUCUCAGCCCCACUCACCUCACAGAGUGUUUGUUGUGGGGGAGGAAGGGAAAGGAGAAUGUUAGCUGCUUUGAGACUCCUGAAGGGGAGUGAAAGGCGGGAUAUCAAAUCCAAACUCUUCUUCUUCUUCUUCUGCACUGCACUGUUGAUCCAUGUUCAGCUUGUGAUCUGCUAGGACCCUAGGUCCUUUUAGCACCAGAGAUACAAGGGCACGUACUACUUUUGCUUUCCACUUUUUGUCACCUUGUAUAGGUUCUAAGUGAUCAUAUCGCAUACAGAUAUGAAAUACUGGCUGUUAUUGGGAAAGGAUCAUUUGGGCAUGUUGUGAAGUGUUUGGACCACAAGACAGGUGAAAAAGUAGCAGUGAAGAUAAUAAGGAACAAAAAGAGGUACGGUAUGUCAAAAGUUUUAUAAACUUUAUCAAGAUACCACAAUGUUAGAUGUUAGUUGAAUAGAAAUAAUUUUUUUUUUAUUUAAUUGUGAUUUGUUUUAUUAUUUUAGCAGAAGAUGGGAGUGGAUUUAAUCAGUGUUUAGCCAGAAAACCCGUAAAAAAUUUUCAGCUAACAAAAAAUUGAAGAAAUUAUUGUUACAGCUUUCUGACUAAACAAACAAAAUUCAUAUUCAGGUUUUCAAAAUUGUAAGUUGUUUCGAGGGCUGGUUUUGGUGCGAAGAUCUUGGGGAGGUUUCUAACUGCUUGACAUGGUUAGAAGCCCACUCUAGACUUCACACUAAACACAUGAUGAGGAACACGCAUAGUGCACAUGGGACAAGCCCUCCUGUGAUCAGACAAGUAUAGAAAGUCACAUUCAUCUUUGUAUUUUGUGUAGUGUGCCUGUGCUAAGAGUAAUUUGCCUUAAGUGCUAUUUUCAACAACACACGGGAAUGAUCUAGGUUCUGGCAUCAGCCUGUGUAAAAAAAUGAAAACCAAAACCCUUCUGUCGCACUUAGAUUUCAUAAUCAAGCCUUGGUAGAAGUUAGCAUCCUCAAUGCUCUACGGCAAAAGGAUGAAGACAAUGCGCACAAUGUCGUCCACAUGAAAGAAUAUUUUUACUUCCGUAAUCAUUUCUGCAUUUCCUUUGAACUGUUAGGGUAAGACAACUUUUCCUUAUCUAUAGUAACAAUUACGUAAACUGUUGUGUAUAUUUACGCCCAAAUUGGAGAUGGGGGAAUGGGAGGGGAAGCAAUCACUAAGUUUUCACAUUUCCAUUCCACAAGCAUAGACAUCUCUUUAAGCAGUAUAAUGGAGAUCUGAUCAUUGCUCUGUAUCAGGUUGCAUAUUGCGGAUCCACUUAUAAUUUUCGAACGUAUGAAACUGCCUUGUAUGGAGCCUGAACAUUCAAGCAUCAUUCAUUGUGCCAAUCCUGAGGGAGUAGUCCAUUAGAUGCCCCUUGAUCUAUGGGUUCCAUGGGGAAUAGGCCCAAAUGUGAGUCCUAGUUAUUAGCAAGAUUCAUAAUAGUGCAGUACCUUUGGCUUUAAUUGAGGAUUCCUACACACUUUCCUGGGACGUGGGUAGGGCUGUGGGUUAAACCACAGAGCCUAGGACUUGCUGAUCAGAAGGUCGGCGGUUCGAAUCCCCGCGACGGGGUGAGCUCCCGUUGCUCGGUCCCUGCUCCUGCCAACCUAGCAGUUCGAAAGCACGUCAAAGUGCAAGUAGAUAAAUAGGUACCGCUCUGGCGGGAAGGUAAACGGCGUUUCCAUGCACUGCUCUGGUUUGCCAGAAGCGGCUUAGUCAUGCUGGCCACAUGACCCAGAAGCUGUACGCCGGCUCCCUUGGCCAAUAAAGCGAGAUGAGCGCUGCAACCCCAGAGUCGGCCACGACUGGACCUAAUGGUCAGGGGUCCCUUUACCUUUACCUUUACACACUUUCCUCAGGCAAUACACUUUGGGGGGUUCUUUUGAGAGACAGCCACUGUAGAUGCCCAGAUUUCAGCCUGGUCUCAGUGUCUUUGGUAGGCUGGGGCUAGGGCCUCACUAAGUUCUGAGCAGGCCUGGCCUGAGGCAUAUCCCGUCACUGAAACAGGUUCUCACCAUCUUUGGCAUUUCCAGUCGCUCCUGGUAAAUCAUUCAAAAUUUAUUUUCAGAGUCUAAAAAACAAUCUAAUUUCCCCCCUUUCCCUCUUCUUUUUGUGUAGACUGGAAUGCAUGUAUUAUGAGCACUUAAAAUAUUUAGAAACUCCAACUUUUAGAACUUUAAAAUGAAUACACACAUGCGCACACACACAAGAGAAUGAUUUGAAGUUGAUACUGGAGGUUUUUAAGCAGAGGUUUGAUGGCCAUCUGACAUAGGUGCUUUUGUAGAGAUUCCUGCAUUUCACUAGAUACUCUUGGGGUCCCUCUCAGCUCCACAAUUCUACGGUUCUAUUCUUUUAAAUAACCAUAAUGAAAGAUGGUGGUUUUCUGUCAUCUGAGAACCCAAGCAGUUCUGGUACGGUUUGCUGUGGUAUGCUAGAACUAAUUUCCUACCGGGAAGAUUUUUAUGGUGUUCCAGUGUUGUACCCCUUGGAAGUGAUCCUUUUUGAUGAAACUUUCAAAGUAUCUACAGCCACGGGCUCCUUUGGAAGGAAGAUCCGGGUGAAAAUUUAAUAAAUAAAUUAUAUAAAAAUCAGAAGUCAUUAAGGGGACCUAUCCAGGCAUUUGAGCAGCUUUGAUGCAUGGUAACUGCCCAAUGGAGGAAAUGGAGGCAGUGAGAGAUUUUAUUUUCUUGGGCUCCAUGAUCACUGCAGAUGGUGACAGCAGUCACAAAAUUAAAAGGCGCCUGCUCCUUGGGAGAAAGGCGAUGGCAAAUCUAGACAACAUCUUAAAAAAUAGAGACAUCACCUUGCCAACAAAGGUCCGUAUAGUUGAAGCCAUGGUUUUCCCAGUAGUGAUGUGUGGAAGUGAGAGCUGGACCAUAAAGAAGGCUGAUCGCCAAAGAAUUGAUGUUUUGAAUUCUGGUGCUGGAAGAGACUCUUGAGAGUCCCAUGGACUGCAAGAAGAUCAAACGUAUCCAUUCUUAAGGAAAUGAGCCCUGAGUGCUCACUGGAAGGACAGAUCGUGAAGCUGAGGCUCCAAUACUUUGGCCACCUCAUGAGAAGAGAAGACUCCCUGGAAAAGACCCUGAUGUUGGGAAAGAUGGAGGGCACAAGGGGAAGGGGACGACGGAGGACGAGAUGGUUGGACAGUGUUCUCGAAGCUGCUAACAUGAAUUUGACCAAACUGCAUGUAGUGGUUCUAGGGGCUGCUCGUGCGUAAGCCGGUGCAAAUACCUGGCUGGGUUGCCUGAGUGAACCUUUUCUGUCCGGACAGCCACUCACCCGUGGCUGUCUCAAUCGCUGGCAGAAUCCGUCAGUGGGCGUUUCUUGAACUUCUUCCAGCAAAGAAGCUCUUUGACGCCUAGUCUCCUCCUACUCUCUCUGCGCGAAAGCCUUCUGCGCAAGGAGGGCGUAGGCAGCGGAGGAACUCUACUCUCCCCGCUGGUCCCCGGCAAGGAGUCAUGGGACCGCCUUGCCGCUUCCCCCAUCUGCCCCCCUUCUCCACUGGUGCUACGCUGAUUCUCUUCCCCAGAAGAUGGGCUGCCUCUCCCAAUCCCGGGACGCUCUCCGGAAUCCCUCUGGAUUUUGCUCUCUCCCUCCGGCACUGAUGGCAGUUCCCUGACACCUAGGCUCUGUGGUUUAACCCACAGCACCACCCACAUCCCUACAAGGUAACUUUGAACUUUUCCCGGUAAAUGCUUUUGAAUUCUGGUGCUGGAGGAGACUCUUGAGAGUCCCAUAGACUGCAAGAAGAUCAAACCUAUCCAUUCUGAAGGAAAUCAGCCCUGAGUGCUCACUGGAAGGACAGAUCCUGAAGCUGAGGCUCCAAUACUUUGGCCACCUCAUGAGAAGAGAAGACUCCCUGGAAAAGACCCUGAUGUUGGGAAAGAUGGAGGGCACAAGGGGAAGGGGACGACGGAGGACGAGAUGGUUGGACAAUGUUCUCGAAGCUACCAGCAUAAAUUUGACCAAACUGCGGGAGGCAGUGGAAGACAGGAGUGCCUGGCGUGCUCUGGUCCAGGGGGUCACGAAGAGUCGGACACGACUGAACGACUAAACAACAACAACAACAACAACAACAACAACUGCCCAAAUCAGUUUUCACUCCAAUCGUCAUUAGCUGCAUUAGAUCACAGUGCUCAGCAGCUGCCAUUAGAGAUGCUGAAACUUUUAUGAGGUAACUGCGUAGAUAGCCAUACUUUUUCUCUGAAGGAUGUAAAUAUUCUGACAUGGUCUUGGACUUUAAGUGUGUUCAGAUUUUAUCCUUUCAGUCAGAAGUAGAAUAAAGAAAUAUGUAUUUUCUGCCAUUUAAAAUUGUUCACAGUAUAAUGUGUAAAUGCUUUUUUUUCUCUCACCCCACAGUAUAAAUUUGUAUGAACUAAUCAAGAAAAAUAAUUUCCAAGGUUUUACACUGGGUUUGAUUCGUAGAUUCACCCUGUGUAUAUUAAGAUGUUUACAGUUGUUGUACACAGAAAAGAUUAUUCACUGUGAUCUAAAGCCUGUAAGUACAACCAUUUUUAUAUAUCAUUGCAGAUUUUGUGUAAUGAAGCACAGUCCAAGUCUUUAAAGGUAAAGGGACCCCUGACAGUUACCGUAAGUCCAGUCACUAAUGACUCUGGCAUUGCGGCACUCAUCUCGUUUUACAGGUCGAGGGAGCCGGAGUUUGUCUGCUUCCGCAGACAGUUUUUCCGGGUCAUGAGGCGAACCAGAGCAGCGCACAAAAAUGCCGUUUACCUUCCCGCCUCAGCGAUACCUAUUUAUCUACUUGCACUGGUGUGCUUUCAAACUGCUAGGUUGGCAGAAGCUGGUGACUGAGCAAUGAGAGCUCACCCCGUCGCGGGGAUUUGAACCACUGACCUUCUGAUCGGCAAGUCCAAGCGGCGCGGUGGUUUAAACCACAGCACCACCCACGUCCCUCUAGUCCAAGUCUUUAGACAAGACUAAAGAUUAUUGUUUCCAAAAUUGCAUAACAUUAUUUUUCUCUCCCUCACUUAAAAUCUCCUGGGCCCCUUGUCAGUGGCUAAUUUUUUAACUCUCAUGCACAUUAUGGAUUGUUAUUUACACCAAGGAGUAGAAAAAUAUGUAAACAUUCCCCCCCCCUUAAACUGUGUUGUUUCAUAUUCUGUAUAUUCUACUGUGUAUUCUACAGUAUUCCCCCCCCCCCCCGUGUUUGUGUGUGUGUGUGUGUGUGUGUGUGUGUGUGUGUAUUUCUGUGUAAUGAGUUCAUUUCAAUGAAUGGGGUCAGUUAGGUCCUAACAAGAUGGGACAUUAUGUGUGUAUUUGCAUUUAACAUGCACUUUUUUUAAAAAAAUGCAAAUAGUAGGUGCUGGGGGUGAUUACUGCUGCAAGUAGCAAAGGGGAGUUUAACCCUUAUCUUCUUGCUUUCUAUCCUGGCAAAAAUAAAUGCUCCUCCGAAGCUGCUAUUUGCAUUGGAAGGAAAACUCCCAUUGUUACUAUUUAAUGUUAUGUCUAGCUUGCCUAGAUUUCAUUGGGUGGACGCGGGUCUACCCAAGGGACGUGGGUGGCGCUGUGGGUUAAACCACAGAGCCUAGGACUUGCCGAUCAGAAGGUUGGUUCGAAUCCCCGCAACGGGGCGAGCUCCCAUUGCUCGGUCCCAGCUCCUGCCAACCUAGCAGUUUGAAAGCACGUCAAAGUGCAAGUAGAUAAAUAGGUACCGCUCCGGCGGGAAGGUAAACGGCGUUUCCGUGUGCUGCUCUGGUUUGCCAGAAGCAGCUUAGUCAUGCUGGCCACAUGACCUGGAAGCUGUACCCCGGCUCCCUUGGCCUGUAAAGCGAGAUGAGCGCCACAACCCCAGAGUCGGCCACAGCUGGACCUAAUGUUCAGGGGUCCCUUUACCUUUUACCUAGCUUGACUAGACCUCUUUGAAAGUAAAAGGAAGUAAUGAAAUACUGAGGUAUAGAUGACUCUCAUAUGGUUAAGCAUUCAACAUCACAAUAGCUGUUUUAUGUUGAUGGAGCAGUGAUGUUUGGAAAGCUUUAACCAUUCAGUGAAAUUUCCAAAUCACUGAGUGUCAUAUGACCAAAUAUAUAGACCAAAGCAUUAGCUUAUGUUAGAGAUAUGAUGUUUAUUUCAGUUUCCUCUAGUACAGACUCCUAAUGAAGGUCUGUUUUCUAUGAGACACUGUCUAUAUUAAAAUCACUUUCCCUUGUACAGUGGUACCUCGGGUUACAUAAGCUUCAGGUUACAUACGCUUCAGGUUACACACUCCACUAAGCCAGAAAUAGUGCUUCAGGUUAAGAACUUUGCUUAAGGAUAAGAACAGAAAUCGUGCUCCAGCGACGCGGCAGCAGCGGGAGGCCCCAUUAGCUAAAGUGGUGCCAUGGUCUGAGCACUAUGCUCUGAAAGCUGAGGUUAAGAACAGUUUCAGGUUAAGAACGGACCUCCGGAACGAAUUAAGUUCUUAACCCGAGGUACCACUGUAUAUGGUGGUGUCUGGUGAGAAAUCCCAGCAUCUUUGACCUCCUCUUUUAGGUGUAUGACAAUGUAUUUUGUGGAUGCAGGGUUCUAUAUGCUCAAUGUUAGAGAACUGAGAUCAUUCAGUUGGUGAACUGACUCUCAUCAGCAAGAACUCAAACUAAUGCCUUAUCAGAUUGGCCAGCAGGUUGUCAUGUUGCCCACAUGGCUACAGUUCUGAAGCAGUACUGAUUCCAUUCACUGGAGCUAAUUUUCAUGGUUCCUAUGGAACAUGAUAAAGUCUCAGGGAGGCAUGUUUUCAGUGUGGUUGACUAACCUGCCCUUUUCUGACCUGGUCCCUGCCCUUCUGAGCUAAGCAUUCAAAGGUGCACAUGAGCAGAAUGUCAGUCAAACUUUUAUUUAGCAGGAUGCCGGUCCAUUGUCCCUCAGACCUUGUGGGGGCCGGACUAGUAUUUUUGUGGGGGAAUGAACAAAUUCCUAUGCCCACAAAUGAAUCUCAGAGAUUCAUUUUAGAUAAAAGCAUGUAUCCUACUCAUGUAAAAACAUCAGGCAGGCUCCACAAAGUAACUGAGGACAAUGGACCGUCCUUGACUGAAAGGACACAUUGCUGACCUCUGCCCUGGCACCUUUGAAUGCUUAGCUCAGAAGGGCAGGGACCAGGUCAGAAAAGGGCAGGUUAGUCAACCACACUGAAAACAUGCCUCCCUGAGACUUUAUCAUGUUCCAUAGGAACCAUGAAAGUUAGCCCCAGAAAGGGAAUCAACUGCUGCAUAACUGUAGAGGGGCCACAUAAACCUGCUGGGCCAAUCUGGGAAGGAAUUAGAAAAGCCUUCCUUGAUGGGGGUCAUUUCCACCAACUUCAGAUCUCAGUUCUCUAACAUUGAGCAUAUAGAACCCUGCAUGAACAAAUAUACAUUUUUUAAUACACCGAAUGGCACAUUUAAGCCAGGCUAAGGGUGGCAGCAGACCAAUUACAGUGGUACCUCGGGUUAAGUACUUAAUUCGUUCUGGAGGUCCGUUCUUAACCUGAAACUGUUCUUAACCUCAGCUUUCAGAGCAUAGUUAUCAGACCAUGGCACCUUCAUCGAAGGAGACAUGAUCACAUCUAUACCGACGCCAAAGAUCAAAUCCAGCGUGUGGCCUGCUUGAUGUGUGGGGCCCGAAACAAACUGGGAGAGCCCUAGUGUCGCCAUGGAAGACACCAGGUCCAGAGCCUGUGAGGAGGGAGUGGCAUCAGCAUGGAUGUUGAAGUCCCCCAAUACCAAUAGGUUAGGGAUCUCCAAGGCCCAGCCGGCCACUGCCUCCAGCAGGCCUGACAGGGUGGCUGCUGGUACGCUAGGUGGCCGGUACACCAGCCAGACAGCCAAGCUCACCUCGGAGCCCCACACUAGGCCAACACGAUGCCGGGGAUCGAUGGCGAUAGUAGAGCCCUGAAAGAACAAUCUUCCCGGAUUAAUAAUGCAACUCCUCCCCCCCGGCCCACAGUCCGCGACUGGUGGAGGACGGAGAAACCCGGGGGCGCCAUCUCUCGUAAGGUAACUGUUGCCCCUUCGCACACCCAGGUCUCCGUCACACAAGCCAGGUCGACCCCCUACGAGUUGAAGAAAUCUCGCAGGGUGGCGGUUUUGUUGCCUAUAGACCUGGCAUUGCACAACACCAGUGAUGGAGGUGAGUAAUCCUUGCUCACCCUACCUUUGUCCCUCAAGACAGAGCUGUUCCACCAGGCCUUUGAUCAGGGCGCAGCCUGACCCCCUCCUCUGGCAAUCUGCAUAGAAUGUUGCUUAAUGGUUGUCAUUAAUUUGAUUUUAAUUAAUUUUAUAAUGAAUGUUUUUAGAAUGUUGGAUUAUUUUGAUUGUUGUUAGCCGCCCUGAGCCCAGCUUCGGCUGGGGAGGGCGGGAUAUGAAUAAAAAAUUAUUAUUAUUAUUAUUAUUAACCUGAAGCACCACUUUAACUAAUGGGGCUCCCACUGCUGCCGCGUGAUUUCCGUUCUCAUCCUGAAGCAAAGUUCUUAACCUGAGGUACUAUUUCUGGGUUAGCGGAGUCUAUAACCUGAAACGUGUGUAACCUGAAGCGUCUGUAACCCGAGGUACCACUAUAUUUGCAGUCUGGUUGUUUUCCCCCUGUAAAAAUGUUUUUGCCGUUAGUCUGCUAACCUGAUAGAUGUGUGUUGAUAUUUUCUCUCCCCCUUCUUCGCUUUCCCCCAUUUUAGGAGAACAUAUUAAUAAACCAACCCCAACCUGGGCAGGUUUCAUUUAAAGUUAUCGACUUUGGAUCAAGCUGCUAUGAACACCAAAGAGGUUUGCAGAAAAGUCAAGUAGAUGUAAUUUUCUUUAUUAGAUUUCUUAAUUUUUGAUUGAUUUACUUAUGUACUUCAAACUCCACAUCUUCAGUAUAAAUUUAUAAUCCUGGGGCAGUUUACAAGGGAGUAAGAAACAAAGGCACAAUGAAUUUUUUUUUUAAUGAUAUUUAUUAAGGUUUCAAUAAAAGAUUAAACAGAAAAACAUAAACGAAAAAUACACAAUUCAAAAAAGCACAGUACAUAGUCCAAAAAAAAAGAAAAAGAAAAAGAAAAAAGAACAAAGAAAAAACAAAAUACAAGACAGAAAGAACAAUUAAAAACAAUAUCACCUUUUCGUUUCCAUCUUUAAAUUUACUUGUUUUCUGGACCUCCUCAUACCUCCCUCUUUUGUAUUCCAGUUCAAAUUGUUUGUCCAGCAAUUUCUUUCCCUCUUUUUUAAUCCCAAUCUUUAAUCUUAAUAUAAUAUAACAUUAAAAUUUUACCUCUUAAAAGCCAAAUUUCCAUUUCCUUAAACUUCUUUAAUCCUAAUCCUUAAUCUUAGUUUAUCUAUAAUUUUAAAUCUUGUACAGCUGGAAACCACUCAUUUUCAAUCCAACAUCACUCUAACAUUCUUUAAUUUUGCAGUGUUUCUGUAGAUAAUCUUUGAAUUUCUUCCAGUCUUCCUCCACCGACUCUUCUCCCUGGUCACGGAUUCUACCAGUCAUUUCCGCCAGUUCCAUAUAGUCCAUCAAAGGCACAAUGAAUUUUUAAAAUAGUUUUUUGAAGUAAAAAGGGAAAUCAACACUGGCCUCUGUCCCUCUUUCCUUCCCUCCCUCCUCUGAUGCCCUUUCACAUCUCUGCCCCCCAUUGGCUUGCAUGGCUGUUUGUUGCAGCAGCCCUGGCUACAAGCGCCUCAGCUGAAUGGUGCCUGUGGGGCUGCUCGGGGGGUGGAGAGUGCCGGGAGUGGAGGUGGCCUUGGAGAAGAAGAAGAAGAAGAAGAAGAAGAAGAAGAAGAAGAAGAAGAGUUUGGAUUUGAUAUCCCGCUUUAUCACUACCCGAAGGAGUCUCAAAGCAGCUAACAUUCUCCUUUCCCUUCCUCCCCUACAACAAACACUCUGUGAGUGGGGCUGAGAGACUUCAGAGAAGUGUGACUAGCCCAAGGUCACCCAGCAGCUGCAUGUGGAGGAGCGGAGAAGCGAACCUGGUUCCCCAGAUUACGAAUCUACCGCUCUUAACCACUACACCACACUGGCUCUCGAGUAAGCAAGCAAGCCAGUGGGAGAGGGUGCCCAGCCAGCCAGUCCUCCAGUCCUUGCAGUUGGGAAUGGACAAAUUAGUGGGAUACCUGGCAAGCAGGUGUUCCGCUAGCCUUUCUUGUGCUUACUGUGUGCAAGGCCUGCCUGGGAGCUGAGUUGCGUGUCGAGACCCCGAGACCACCCUCUCGUUGAUGAAUAAGACACAAGGACACAGAUAUUAGGCUAAUGUUAUUGGGCAAAUUUAGGCCACAACUUUAUUGGUUACAGAAUGUGAGUGGUAUUGGCUUAGGCAUUGGAAUUGACCCGGCUAUAUCUGACUCCUGCCCGUCACGCAGGGAGUCCAGUAAGGGUCAAUCACCGGUAGGGGGAGCCCCAUCGAUGCAAACCAACUUGAGCUCCCCCUGGGUUCCCGACGGGGUCGUGGCAUGGCCCUAGCCCAGCCCUGGACUUUGGACAAGAUCCACACCCCCGGGUUCCUUUAACGGAAUACCCUUAAGCUUGGAGGGGCAGGUGAUGGCCACACCUCGCCUCCCCCAGAGCCAGUGUGGUGUAGUGGUUAAGAGUGGUGGACUCGUAAUCUGGUGAACCGGGUUCACUUCCCCGCUCCUCCACAUGGAGCUGCUGGGUGACCUUGGGCUAGUCACACUUCUCUGAAGUCUCUCAGCCUCACUCACCUCACAGAGUGUUUGUUGCGGGGGAGGAAGGGAAAGGAGAAUGUUAGCCACUUUGAGACUCCUUCGGGUAGUGAUAAAGUGGGAUACCAAAUCCAAACUCUUCUUCAAACCAAUGCCUAACUGCCACACGAGCCCUAGGCUCACCACCAAAUACUCUCGCACCUGCAACCAAUCCUUCACGCGCUCUCCAAUCCGGCUCACGCCUGAGUUCAAAUGGCUGGCAGACAAAUGACAUUGCUGGGAACCUCCGGGGGAUGUGGGACUUUGUCCCCUGCCCCCGGAGGGGAGUGGGUGGUCAUGUGGUCCACCGCAACUCCUCCCCACUGGGAAGCGGAGUGGAUUUCCCGGUGCUGAAGGGGAGUUUUUCCACCAUGAAGGCCAGGCAGCGCCCACGGCUGCCUCCUCAGGUGAGUAAGAUGCUGGCCUCAUGUUCACCUUUGGCCAGUCUCUGUUGGGCCCCUGAGGCUGGGGGCAUCCUCUUUCCAAACUCCUGGGGAGGCAUCGUGAGGAGGUACCUCUCUUUGGGGUGGAUGGGGCAGCUCAGAGACCAGGGUCGGUGGCUGCUGCUGCCCAGAGGACUCCCAGAGAGAGGGGAGAGGAGGCUGAGGGAACACUCCAAAAGGGAGGGUGUUCAAAAAGGGGUGAGAGGCUGCCAGCUCUGCAGUCAAGGGGCUCCUGAGCCCCACAAGGGUGCCGCAGAAAGAAUGUAGUGGGUCAAGUGAGCCAUGGACCCAAAAAGGUUGAAAACCUGUGAGCUAGAAUAUCAACUUUUGCUAUACUGAGAGUUCAACACACUGUCUUCUAGAAACAUGUAUAUAAAUGAAUAGACUGGAGAAAGAAUGUAGUUGGUCAAGGGAGCCUUGGACUCAAAUUGGUUGGAAACCUCUGGUCUUGACCUCUGGUCAAGACCAAAAUAAUGGAACUUAAGAUAAGGAGCUCAGGAACUUGCAUCGAGGCGAGGAUCGGUGGCAAUGGAAGAGGAGAUAAUUUACAUGUCCAAUGUUUUCCCCCUGCCUUUUUAUUCCAGUGUAUACGUAUGUCCAGAGUCGAUUUUAUCGUUCCCCAGAAGUGAUUCUUGGUCACCCCUAUGCAACCCCUAUUGACAUGUGGAGUCUAGGGUGCAUUAUGGCUGAACUCUACACAGGGUACCCACUUUUUCCUGGGGAGAAUGAAGUGGAGCAGCUUGCAUGCAUUAUGGAGGUAACUUCUGAUUUUAAUAUUAGCAGGUGUGCAGAAACAACCCAGACUCCAAAGAACAAGUUUAGCUAUACACAGGAACUUAUGCAUGCUCACAAAGGGGAUUUCUUUCUUUCUUGCAACAUCGCAGGUAGUUUUUGAAACUCCUCUAAGAUUUGUCACAUAAAGUUCCACUUUAUUCCUUACUAGUUCGGCUUCAUCUGGAAAACUGUGCACUUUUAGAAGGAUAUGUAGGUGUUGGGAGUGUUCAGAGCAGGACAACAAAUAUGGAAGGUUGGGCUGAUUUCUCCUGGAGAAGACAAGGCUGAGGUGAUAGCAUUCUUCAGAUAUCUGAAAGGGUUUUACAUGGAAAACAGCAAGGACUUGUCGCCUGCUACUCCAAAAGGCAAGAUUAGGUCUAGUGGACUUAAGGUACAGGAGGGUAGAUCUCAGCUGACUAUCGGGAGAAACUUCUUAAAGGUAACAGCAUUUGGCAAUGGGAACAAUUAUCUUGAGAGGUGCUGCAAUCUCCCUAAAUGGAGGUCUUCGGCUGUUGGACAGCCAUCUGUGAGAGAUGCUCUUGGGGUUUCCUGCAAAAAGCCAGGGGGUGGGACACAACCAGAGACACAACCCCAUGGAAGUGUGGUCACGGUUCAUACCCUCUCCAACAAUCCCCCCCCCCCCAUACUCUCAACCUGCCUUCCAUGCUCCAAGUCAUGAAUGUCCUUCCAGGCAUACACAUCCUUUACAUGUAAUGUUACUUCUCCUUUCUGUUUGAUCCAUGCCUUUUGAACAGGUUCUCACCCUCAUCUCACCAGGUUUCAGUCAUGCUUGUUCACAUGAAACGAAGGCAUCUCUUUCAUUACCUGUGAAUUUUAUCUAUUAAAGUCUGAGGAAUUCAAUGUGUCAAACAAAAAUUAUGUCUACCACAAACAUUUUAAACACAAAUUAGCUAGCGUAUGUCUACGAAGAUGCACACACACAGUUGUUUUCUGUACAAAACACGUCCUUAUGAAAUAAAACGUUGCAUUUCAGAAAUGACUUGCAUACAAGUGGCAUUACACUGGCAUUAGAGUGCCUGUGAAAUGUUUAAUAUCCCCACAGGAAUUCAUGCAACCCAGAACACAAAGACCAAAAUAUCACCUAGUGACGGGGAAUUGAAAUGCGGGAUAAUAACACAGACCUGUUGGGUGUUUCAAGGAGAUUAUGUGUGUGAAGUGAUUUAAACACUCUAACUCCCAAGUAUUAAAAGCCCCUUUCUGGCAUGCAACAGGCCCAUAGUUGACCCAGAAAAAGGAGGGCAGCACUCUUUGUGAAGAACAUGAAAUUCAAAAUGUACCAUUUAACAGAUACUCUCUCAUUUGAUUAUGAAAGUCAGUUUCUAAAUUGAUUUAGAUGUACAGAGGUUUUAUUAGUUCCAGCCCAGUUUUUUAAGAUAGUUUUGAACUUUAUUUCUGUCUCCUGAUACGUUAGUUCUCCCUCCCAGUUUUGUGCCAGGCAUAACUUUCAUUUUUAGCCGUUGAUAACAGUGCUGAGGAGAAUCAGAUCCAGUACAGAUAGAAACCACCAGUUAGGUUGGAACCACUGAUGAGUUCCUCAGAAGACUUAUUUUUACUGUUUGUGGUAGUUUCCCCCUCUUUUCAACUGACUCUGCGGUAGAAUAAAAAAGAGCUCAGCCAUUAUAUCAACAUGUCCUUCAUGUUAAAGGUGUAAGACCAUUAAUUUGUUAUAUACUUAACAGAGGUGCCCUUCAGGCUGACUUUUUGUGUGUGUUAAAGAUACUAGGUCUUCCACCAGCUGAUUUCAUUCAGACUGCAUCAAGAAGACGAACGUUCUUUGGUAAGUCCCUUGCUGUUAUUGACUUACUCGCAUAAUGCCCAUCAUUAUGGUGGACAGGGCAUUUGUGGAAGAAAGACCUUCAUAUCGUAUGGUGCUUUGUGCAAGAGGGAUCACAAUGCAUAUUUAUUUGCUCUAGAUACACACCCCAGCCUCUGAGUGGUGGAGAUUUCAAGGGUGCUAGCACACGCCUUCGGUUUCGUUUCCUUGGAAUUAAGAGCAGCGCAGACUAGGAAUUGGCCUUGCAGCUUGUCUACAUUCAUUUAGUGCUCGUUCUUAUCACACCAUCUGAGUUUGGGCUGAUGCUUAGCCUGCUUUUGCAGUUUGGGCUCGGACUAUGGUGGGCAUGUUGACUCUGUUGACAAGCUUUGGUCCGUCAAGCCGAAAAAUAUCAAGCUAUAGCUUGAAAAUGUUGCAGCUGAUGUCAACUCUAGUGCAAAUCAUCUGCCCACACAGCAAACAGAAAUGGCACAGAGAAGAAGAAUGGUGUUUGUUUUUAAAACUUUCUAUAUUAUAUGUUCCAUAAUAUUAUAUGCAGAUACUUUAAUUAAGCCAGUUUCUAAAUGAAUGCCCCUUCCACAAAUUAAAUAGUAUUUAUUUGCUGUCUCCCCAUUUGAGAGUCUACAUUCACACAUACACAAACCCUGCUGCAGCCCCCCUUCACUUCAACCAGCAAUCUCACCCCUGGAUCCUUUUUUUGCCUGCAUGACACAAACAUCUAAACAGUAUUCAUUUAUAGUUCAACUCAGCAUUUUCUUCUUGGAUGAGACUACCUAAAAUACCUUCCUCAUUUCCCUCACGGAUGGAUACUUAAUCUUUUAACUGUUGCUGUAUUUGCCUGAGUUAUCCAGGUAUUUUAUCUUACAACAAAAUAAAAUUAGUAUUUUGGUAGGAAUUUAGUGGGGUUUCCCAAACAAGGUGCGCCAUUUCCAAUAAAAGCCAUGUCCUAGUAUUGGAACACAAAUUUCCCACAGAAAACCAGUUGCUCCCUUACUAUUCUAGUGCAUUUCCAGGUUGAAUUCAAAGUACCUCUGAAGUCUUACUGCACCCAGGAGCCCAGGGAAUCAGAAGAACUGCCUGCUCCCAUAUAAGCGUGCCUGCCCUCUAAGAUCUCCCCAGGCUCUACCCCAGCUGCCCCCUUCAAGCGUUAUGAAAGCCAGUGUGGUGUAGUGGUUAAGAGCGGUAGACUUGUAAUCUGGUGAACUGGGUUCGCUUCCCCGCUCCUCCACAUGCAGCUGCUGGGUGACCUUGGGCUAGUCACACUUCUCUGAAGUCUCUCAGCCCCACUCACCUCACAGAGUGUUUGUUGUGGGGGAGGAAGGGAAAGGAGAUUGUGAGCCGCUUUGAGACUCCUUCGGGUAGUGAUAAAGCGGGAUAUCAAAUCCAAACUCUUCUUCUUCUUCUUCUUCUUCUUCUUCUUCUUCUUCUUCUUCUUCUUCUUCUUCUACAUGGGCUGGGGAUCAAGCAUUUCUGUGUUGGCCUUGUGGAUUGUGGAAUAGGCCUCCCAGAAAUAUAAUUUAUUUUAUCUUUAGGCACCAAGUUACUCUCUCGUGCUUUUGGAAAGCAAUAAUAAAGUAUCUAUUGCUAGUUUACUGUUGCACUGAAUUUCCUUUGUUGUAAUACGUUUAGACCGAUGGUUGGGGUUUUUAAUUUUUUUGUGUGGAUUUGAAUGUAAUUGUUUUAUUCUGAAUUGUAAACCACCUUGAAGAGAUGGAAAGGUGAGAUGUGUUUUAAGUAUUUAUUCAUUCGUUUGAAGCUUUUGUUGCAGUUUUGGCUGCAAUACAUAAAUAUUAAAGCACUAAAUCGUUAAUCUCUGAGAGAUUUUUCUUCGAGUGAAAAUUACUGGUUUUGUGAACAACAUUGGCACUCUUCUGGAUCAGAGAUGCAAACUGUUAGUCUAUGCUGCCAAAAUCUUCCCAGGUCUCUGAUGGUUCUUCUAAUCUUUUAAUCAAGGUGGGUUUUAAGUUUACCCACAGAGCAAAAAGCUUCAUGUAAGCUCUGCACUGUAAGGUAUUUUUCUGUACAUGUGAAUUAAGCAAAGUUACACCUGGGGUCAUUUGCUACAUUGCUAGGAAUUCCUGGCUCCUAACGGCACCACAUUAGUUAUGGAGUCUGACCAGAAAAAUAAGGAAUCGGUUUUUAUGGCAAAAUGCACUUCCAAUUGAAUAGGGUGCAUCCCAACAUUACAGCGCUGGACAUCCCUAUUCUAAAUAAAUAUUAUCUGGGCAGACUUAAAUCUUCUGUGGACUUACCUUUCCAGCAUCAAAACUUUACAUAUUAUGCAAAUGAGUAUACAGUUUUAAAAUGUUGCUUUUCUGUUUUAAAGAUUCCAGCGGUACUCCAAAGAAUCUUACAAAUAGUAGGGGGAGAAUAAGAAACCCGAACACAAGGGAACUGAGCGCUGUAUUGAAAACGUAUGAUGGUGCAUUUCUGGAUUUUCUGAAAAAGUGCCUUGUGUAAGAUAGCUUUCAUUUGUUUUGCCCAUUGCAUAUAUAGACUCUUAAAUCCUGCUUUUCUGUCCUUAAGCGUUGGUUAAAUGUCUGUUGCUCAGUUAUGGUAGCAAGGUUUAUUUUGAUUUGCUAAUUCCCCAUAUUGCCAGAGUAUGUAAUGAAAAUGUUUUGCAGAAAGAAGCAGGAUAUUUCACAUGGGACUCCAGGAGUUCUUUGGAAGUUUGUCAGAGGUUUCUCAGUUAGUAUAUCAGUCCUGGUGAACAAACUUUCCUGAAAGGCGGCUUGGCUACCACUGCAUUAUCUCCCCAAAGAAUGUGCAACUUUAAAGAACAUAUUGGAUGUGUUUCAAGUGGCUGGUUCACACCAUGCUCUAAUGAAGAGUUAUAUUAUUUAUGUUUUCAUAAACUUGCUUGGGCCCCAUGGCAGACAUGCAGGGAAGAGGUUCAUUGAUAGACAAGAUUUAAAACCACUAAGUUAGGGUGAUACUAGAUGGGAUCACAGUCAGCAUGUGAGCUGAGUUGGCAGAAUUAAAGACAUGAUUUUAGAAGGCCACAGUCACUUGGUGGCUUGGGAGUUAUUGGUGGCUGGCUGCAAAGGUGGCUAAAGUUAGAUCUAUUGCCCUUGAAGCUCUGCCUCCCAGGACCCACCUGACUCCUUUCAAUGCCUGUUUAAAACUUACCUAUGCAUUCUGGCAUUCUCAAACUGAUCUCCCUCAUCUAUCUUUCUUUUUCAUUUUGCCUCCUUUCAGGCUCUAAGGAGAACAGGUCCUCUGCCUUUUUUUGGGUGCAGUGCCUAUAUAUUAGACACUCAGAUUUUUGCAGAGUGUAUUAUGUGAUGUGCAGUGAUGAAACUGCUGUGAAAAUGCGGGUGGCGCUGUGGUCUAAACCACAGAGCCUAGGGCUUACUGAUCAGAAGGUUGGUGAUUCGAAUACCCUUGACGGGGUGAGCUCCCGUUGCUCGGUCCCAGCUCCUGCCAACCUAGCAGUUCGAAAGCAAGUCAAAGUGCAAGUAGAUAAAUAGGUACUGCUCCGGCAGGAAGGUAAACGGCAUUUCCAUGCACUGCUCUGGUUCGCCAGAAGCGGCUUAGUCAUGCUGGCCACAUGACCCGGAAGCUGUACGCCGGCUCCCUCGGCCUAUACCGCGAGAUGAGCAUAGCAACCUCAGAGUUGUCCGCGACUGGACCUAAUGGUCAGGGCUACCUUUACCUUUUAAGGUCAUACCAUAUGAGUGUGGUGUUUUCGUAUGCUGUCACGUGUAGGAUAAUGUGAGUAAUAAACCCCAUAUGCACAUAGGUUUGUAUGUGUAUAAUACAUGUGCAUCAUGCUCCAUACUGAUGUUCUCCAUAUGUUUUAUGUCAAGAUGGAAACCUUCCCUGCGCAUGACUCCGGAAGAUGCAAUGCACCACUCCUGGAUGCAGGACCCAUGGUUACAUAAAGCGAAACAAAAGCCCAAGCCUACGACGAAGUCAGGCGACGCAGAGAAAAAGAAGGAAAAUGCCCAUAAGAGUGCUCAGCCAGAAAAAGGUGGACUCAUAGUUCUUGGUUCUUUCUUCCCCCCCCAAUGAAUUGUCUUUAAAUAGGUAUUUCAGAGGGAGACAAACCAAAACCAAAACACCAGGAAGCACCUGCCAAGUUCAGAAGCAUCUUGAGGUCUGCUUCUCUCUAUGUUAUGGAAACCAGAAAGGCCACGUUAUGGGAUACUAGUAGCUGAACCCAGCUUCCAAAGAAUUCCAGCUCCAAAUAAAGAAGCAGCAGCAAGGUUCCAUCUUUUAUGGUCGAAAAGAUAUGUUUGAAAUAGUCAGUGCCAGAGGAGAUUUUCAGUGAUUGUACGGUGGGGCCUCCUUGCCCUUCCCCAUGAUGGGCAGAAGCAGGGAAAAAAUGAAAAAUAAAACUCUUUUCAUGUAAUUUAUUGCAAAAUUGCAUGGCGCUUUGAAAUACAGAUUAUACAAAAUAAUAGAAACAAUGCGCAUUUACUGAAUUUGCAUAACCUAUACAUUUCACAGAAUCUAUUUGGUUACCUUGCUGCGCAUUUUGUUGCUUUCUACCCAGCUCAGUUUUCUGCUCCCCUAAAGUGUGGCGAGCACGAUAAAAAGUAUAAUGUGACCGUGCUUCUCUGUUCAGGUACCCCCAGGGAGUAGUUGCACCUGUGUGGGCGAUUUCGGAAAGCAGAGGGCCGUGCAAUUGCCACAUCACAAGUGCUCUCAAGCUCUGGUGUCUAUGGCUGCGCCUCGCCAAUGGAAAGGACCCCACAUAGCCCCCCUGUUAGGAUAUAGUUUCCGUCCCACCUAAAAAGAGUCAGGCGUGACUGUUGUGCGUCACAUGCCUGUUUACUUCCUGCUCACUGGGAGUUUCCGUUUUGUAUAUAGCUUUUGUUCCGGCUGUUUUCCUGGACACGGAUGCAAGCAGUCAUGUUUUUCCUUUGUUCUGACCUACGUUGAAUAAAGCAGUAAAUAUGCUCUUCUGUCUGAAUCUUCCGUUGCGGAGACUGCUGGAAAGGGCGUGCAUGAAUCUUGGAAUGUCUCUAAGGCUCGUGUCGCUAAUUGACUGAUGCUGUUUCCAUGGGAGACCGGUGAUCAUCCAGAGACUAUGAUUGGGGCCUGCCUGAUGGCCACUGUCUCCCUGGCAGUAACCCGGUUCCUAAAUUCUCUCAGCCUAUGGCAAUUGUUCCCUGGAUGUCAAAGCAGCCUCUGUCAGCCCAGAAACUGAUGUGGGGUGAGGAAGAGUGGAAUAAAUUUAAUGAUUAUCUAGUUAAAUUUGUCAAGUUAAAUUAACUGAAAAUAGCUUGCAGAUACUUAAUUGGCUGUGGAUUUUAUGUUAAGUGAUGAAUUAAUAUGUUUAAUUCCAUAAGGUGAAGAUUUAAGGAUGUUAAUGUUUAAGUUGAAUUUCAUAAGAAUUGGGAUUUGGAAAACCGUUAAAAGGAUAUGCAAUGAAAUUCAACCAAGGGGGAGCGAGGAAGUCACUUAACAAAGUUAAUAAGUGUAAUUUUCAAUAAGGGUAUGAUUUAUGUUUGUUUGUCUUGUGUGUUUGUUUGUUUAUAAUAUUGUGAAAACUAAUAAAAAAAUUUUUGGGGGAAAAAGAAACUUAUUUGGGGUGGCAGGGGGAAUGAACUGAAAAUAUACCGUAUUUUUUGCUCUAUAAGACUCACUUUUUCCCUCCUAAAGAGUAAGGGGAAAUGUGUGUGCGUCUUAUGGAGCGAAUGCAGGCUGCGCAGCUAUCACAGAAGCCAGAACAGCAAGAGGGAUUGCUGUUUUCACUGCGCAGCGAUCCCUCUUGCUGUUCUGGCUUCUGAGAUUCAGAAUAUAUAUUUUUUUCUUGUUUUCCUUCUCCAAAAACUAGGUGCGUCUUGUGGUCUGGUGUGUCUUAUAGAGCGAAAAAUACGGUAAACAUCAUUUUCUCUUGGGUGUGUCCUCCAAUUCCAAGACCAAGUCAAGAUAUGUACACACAAACACACGCUGUUUGCUUUGGGGUUGGAGGAAGUCUGUCUUCUGCUACUGCAUUUGCUAAGAAAACACAGGCCAUCAGUGGCGUAGCGUGGGGGGUGCAGGGGGGGCCGGCCGCACUGGGCACAACAUCUGGGGAGCGCGCGCUUGCACUCGCAGCUCUCUGCCCCACCUGGCUCACUCACUCUCUCUCACUGCAGUGCUGGCUGUAUGAAUCCGAUCCGAGCCGCUGGGUCGCCGCCCACUGUGGAGGGGGUGGGUGCCAGGCGUGCGGUGCGGAGAGAGAGCGAGGGACUAUCUGGGGGAGGGACAGUGCAGCGGCCGCCCAGCGCAGCGCUGAGCGCGGGAGAGAACCACACCAGACCAGACCAGGCAGCAGCAAGAAGAAGCUGGCAGCGGCGGCAGGUUAGGGGUUAGGGGGCGCAAAUUACUUGCCUUGCCCCGGGUUAGGGGGCGCAAAUUGCUUGCCUUGCCCCGGGUGCUGACAACCCACGCUACGCCGCUGCAGGCCAUUUGAUGUCUGUUUCCUGAGCCCAGUUCCCCCUCACCACCAGCUGUUUCAGGGAUAGAGGUUGGUUGCCUAUGUUUGCCGUGGAAAGAGAGGGAGAAAGGAGGGACUGAGAACAGAGGAAGCUUUAUUUCCCCAGGGAUUGAUUAUGAAGGUGGAGAGAGUCCAUCAGUGAUGGACAGCUACAUGUUUGUAGUGUGGAGAGACAAAACGGGGAGGUCCCACCCUCUCUGCUCCAGGUGGUGGUAGCUUCCAGAGACAUCUUGCAGAACUAUCUCGAGAUCUCAUUGGAAGCUGCUGCUGCUGCUGCUGCCAUUUCUCCUUGCUUCUCUGGCGGUUGGCAGCAGGGGUGAGCAAAGGUGUUCAUGGGAUUCUGCCGCCCAAGAUGGCGGCUUCCGUCAGCCUCAUGGGUGGGCCGGCCCUGGUGGUGUACUCAACCUUCCUGUUCUUUCAGCCCACUGCACUUAUACCUGUUUAGGGAAGCUUUUAAUGUUUGAUGAAUUAUUGUAUUUUAACGUUUUGCUGGAAGCCGCCCAGAGUGGCUGGGGAAACCCAGCCAGAUGGGUGGAGUAUAAAUAAUAAAUUAUUAUAAAUUAUUAUAUUACUACCUGCACCACUCACAGAAACCUCAAGCAGGUACAGAGGCUAGCAGAGGCUGCCUCCCUGAGGCAUAGCCCUCUCCACAAAUCUCAGAGCCACACACUCUUCCCUGUACAACAUGCAUUUUACUCUUCUGUCCAGAUUCAGGAAAGCUCUGCAAACAUUUCUGUCAACCUGCUGUUCUCUGCCCAUCACAAUCCCAAAGCAUCACUUUGAGAAAGAGGCCCCUGUUAUUUGUGUCUUAGGAGGAAAAAAAGGCAUGUGUUUGCUGGAGGUUUCUUCUCUAUCUCUUGUUGCCAGGGCUAAGCAGCAGCUUCAGUAUUGGCCCUUUGAGUACAGUCUGAGCAUGCUCAGUGCUGGUUUCCCUAAGGCCACACCUCAAAGCACGUUCAUUGCAGCUAGCCAGGAGAAGGCUGUUGUUGUCAGUUUCGAUAGCUGGUUUUUAUAAUUAAUAUUUGUCAAGAGAGAGCAAUGGCGGGCAGUUGUAUGUUUGUUUCUAGGUUUUUGCUUAAUUGUUUGCGUUUAUUUUUGUGAAUGGGGAGGAGGAUUGAGAGGAGAAAUGUGGCUUCUGUGUGUGUUGCAACUUUCAACACUUAGAUUCACAGAACUGUCAAGUUAGAAGGGACCAAGAGGGUCAUCUAGUCCAGUUUGCUGUAAUGCAGGAAUCUUUCACCCAACGUGGGGCUUGAACCCUGAGCAAAUUGCAUGCUGCUUGAUAUAUAACCAAUAUAUAACCUCUAUAUAAAAUAAGUGGUUUGCAAGAAAUAUUAAAAUUACGAAUACAGUUAAAAACAAUUCUAAACUAUGCCAGAAUCCACAAGGCUGGAUACAAAAGUGUUUUAAUCAGGUGCCAAAACCUUACUUGAACACUCCUCUUUGUAUUUAUUGUAUUUUAUUGUAUUUAAGUCCUAAAGCAAUUCUAGAUUUGCUGCUCUCUAAAGUAAUACAUUUUCCCUUAAAUUUUGUGUCUCCCCUUUUCUGCAGAUGAAACCACACGGCACCAAUCUGCUGGAGAAAUAAAAUCUGAUCCCGCUGAAAAGUUAUCCGUUGCGAUUCAGAAAUUAUCUCCCAUCAUAACCUCCCAAGAUGCAAACGAAGAGGAAAAGGAGGAUUCCAACAAGCCAGAAACUCCAGAAAAAGAACUGGAAACCCUGGUGGACAAAACUGUUAAAAGAGAACAGAGAGACCAUAGGACUGAGAAGGUCAUGCACAAAAAUACAAGCAUCUUGCCACCCAUCAAGUACAAGCAAUGACUAGUCCUCUUUGCAUAUCAUUUGUGGUCUGCUUUUAGGUAACUUUUUUGCUGUAAAAUGUUCAAGAACAGAAAUUUAACAUAACUGUCUGUAUACGGUCUGUGCACAUUUCUUGGUGUGGAGGAAGAUUGUAUGAGUGGAAAUGGGUACUAUCUUGCAGUUCAAAUAGAAUAUAUUUUGCUCUCUUGAGGGACAGAAAUUCAUU